GGCCGAGAGGGCGGCGUGGCAGUCGGCGUCUGAGGAGGCGCGACCAGUAAAGCGCGGCAGUUUUUUUCGCUUGGCGGGAGAUUCCGGCAGCAUGGCGUCCGACUUCAACGCGGCCUUGGCGGUCUCGGUGGACAUCGCCGUCGGCGGCUCCCCCUCGACUUCGGCGCGCGAGGCGUGCUGGCCCGACGGGGCGAACGCCGAGAGCGGCUUCGUGCGCGCCGUCCUGGCGCUGCCGGAGAAGCCGGACACCACCGUGCGCUUCUUCGAGCGCGGCGACUACUAUACGGUGCAUGGAAGGGACGCGCUGCUGGCCGCCGCCGACGUCUUCAAGACGCGGACGGUCAUUCGGAUGCUGGCGCAAGGUAAGGGCGCCGGGGGGAGGGCUGAGUCCGGAGGCUGCCGGCUCUCGGAAGGGACAGGGGGUCGGUCCCCCCCCCCGCAGGUUUCCGUCGGACGCCGGCUCCGUUAACACGACGGGGCUCGCCGAAGCUGCCUCUCCGUUCGUCACCUGCUUUGUUGCCGUUCUUCCAAUCGUCAUCAUUAAGUAAAUUUACACGCCGCCCUCCAGCCGAAGGACGCGGGACAGUUCAUAACAUGCAUUCAUAACAACAGCUCCUCUAGGAAGCUUGCUUGCUUGGUUUAGCUUUACAAUAUAAAAUGGGAACAAACAGGAACCCCUUCUCCAACACGCGCAUUUUGUUCUUUUCGUUUGGAAGCAGGAAAAUAACGCAAAGUUGCAGCAAGUCUUGAACAACAGGAGCUGAAAUGAAUUGGGUGGGGGAAGGGCGGGGGAGAAGUGGGAGUCAGCCACCUGCAGCCGAGGUGGCGGGGUGGAGUCUGCUUGUGGUCAAGUUAAAUACAGUACAGUGGUACCUCGGGUUACAUACGCUUCAGGUUAUAGACUCCGCUAACCCAGAAAUAGUACCUCGGGUUAAGAACUUUGCUGCAGGAUGAGAACAGAAAUCGUUAUCUGGCGGCGCGGCAGCAGUGGGAGGCCCCAUUAGCUAAAAUGGUGCUUCAGGUUAAGAACAGUUUCAGGUUAAGAACGGACCUCCAGAACGAAUUAAGUACUUAACCCGAGGUACCACUGUAUCAAGUUUUGAUUGUGCGCUUGUGGGUUUCAGAAUCAGCAAGAGUCAGGGUUUGCUUUAGUUGAGAUUCCGAAAAAUAACACUCACCUAUACAGUGGUCCAUUCUUAACCUGAAACUGUUUUUAACCUGAAGCACCACUUUAGCUAAUGAGGCCUCCCGCUGCUGCUGCGCCGCCGGAGCACGAUUUCUGUUCUCAUCCUGAAGCAAAGUUCUUAACCUGAGGUACUAUUUCUGGGUUAGCGGAGUCUGUAACCUGAAGUGUAUGCAACCCGAGGUACCAGGGUACAACUAAUAGGGAUGCGGGUGGCGCUGUGGUCUAAACCACAGAGCCUAGGGUUUGCCGAUCAGAAGAUUGGGUGAGCUCCCAUUGCUCGGUCCCUGCUCCUGCCCACCUAGCAGUUUGAAAGCACGUCAAAGUGCAAGUAGAUAAAUAGGUACCACUCUGGCAGGAAGGUAAACGGUGUUUCCGUGCGCUGCUCUGGUUCGCCAGAAGUGGCUUAGUCAUGCUGGCCACAUGACCUGGAAGCUGUACGCCGCAGCCAAUAAAGCGAGAUGAGCGCUGCAACCCCAGAGUCAUCCGGAACUGGACCUAACAGUCAGGGGUCCCUUUACAUUUACUUUUAUACAACUAAUGCUAUUCGAACAGUUCUGCCAGGUAAACAGCUAAUUAAGUUAUAAAAAGCAAGCAGAGCCUGUAAUUAGAACACAGAAGUAAAGGCAGGAGAUUAUGUUAACUUCUGAGCUUAAAGCAUUAAAAAAAAAAAAGUUAUAUGUGUAUCUUUUAUUUAUUUAUUUUCUGCAUUUAUAUCUCAGCUUUUUCUCCAAGGAGCUCAAGGUGGCAUAUAUGGUCCUCCCUCUCCCUUGUUUAAUCCUCACAACAAUCCUGUGAAGUAGGUUAUGCCGGCAGUGAGCUUGUGGCAAAGUUGGGAUUUGAACUCUGUUCUCCAGUGUCCUAGUCUUGACACGCUAACCAUCACAUUGCAAUAAAUAUAUACACAAAAGCAAAAAACAAAAAAACCCAGUUCCAUUAAAAUGGACUUUUGCUUCAAAAGUCUUGAUCACCAGUGGCUCUCUGGUGUAUACACACACACACACAGUGGUACCUCAGGUUACAUACGCUUCAGGUAACAUACGCUUCAGGUUACAGACUCCGCUAACCCAGAAAUAGUGCUUCAGGUUAAGAACUUUGCUUCAGGAUGAGAACAGAAAUUGUGCUCCGGCGGCACGGCAGCAGCAGGAGGCCCCAUUAGCUAAAGUGGUGCUUCAGGUUAAGAACAGUUUCAGAUUAAGUAUGGAUCUCCAGAACGAAUUAAGUACUUAACCCGAGGUACCACUGUAUAUACACCCACCCACACCUGUGGUGCAGCUGCUGUUGUAAAUGAGUCUGUCAUGUGAGACUGAGCAUGAUUUGCAAUGAUUUUGAUGGUAUCUUGGCUGUCUCUGAGUGCAGAUCCAGGUCAUUGAGCUUGGGCCACUACCCAGUAGAUAUGUUCUAUGUUUAUGAUAGUAUUUUAUUCUCUUGCUAACCAUGCUGUUUUAAAUGUGCAUUUUAUACUUUACUUCCUUUACUAAUGUUUUCUUUUUUUGUGUGUGUUAACUCUGCUGUUCUAAAUGUGCAUUCUGUAGUUGACUUCCUUUGCAAUGUUUUAUUUUGAAAUCUUUAAGAUAAUAUUUUAGUUUCCUGUUAAUUAUGUUGCCUUGAAUGUAUACAGUGGUACCUCGGUUUAAGAACAGCCUGGUUUAAGAACGAUUCGGUUUACAAACUUCGCAAAACCGGAAAUAGUGUCUCGGUUUGAGAACUUUACCUCAGACUAAGAACGGAAUCCGAAUGGUGGAAGGGCACUGGCGGCGGGAGGCCUCAUUAGGAAAGUGCGCCUCAGUUUAAGAAUGGUUUCAGUUUAAGAACGGACUUCUGGAACGGAUUAAGUUCUUGGGGAGGUGACCCCCGGGGGAAUCAAGCCCCCCUUCAAGUUUACACCUGUGGUUUGGAGAUUUAUUUUAGAGCUCUCAUUUUACUGUCUUGAUUCAGUAUGUAAGCCUUUUGUCUAUAUGCAACAGGAAAGGUAUACUUCAUGUGAUUUCUUGUUUGCCUUUUGCUUUGUCGCGUUUACUUUCUAAGCUGUUUAAUCUUUUUUUAAAAAAUCUUUUCACAGUAAGUGUGGGAGCUAUCAUGAACGUAAUCUACAUCAAUUUGAGCAUGUUUGAUUUCAACAAGAGCAAAUUAACUUUCCCAUCAAAAUCAAAUGUGUUUUACUUCAGUGGAUCAAAUUUUCUCUGUGUGGUAUGUCAGCCACUUUCCUUACGCUGCUUUCUCAUCUCUUAGGAAACCGGAAACUUGAAAGUGUUGCGCUUAGCAAGAUGAACUUUGAAUCUUUUUUGAGGAAUCUGCUUUUGAUUCGUCGCUACAGGGCUGAGGUGUAUAAGAAUAAGGCGGGAAAUAAAUCCACCAAGGAGGGAGAGUGGUAUUUGGCAUAUAAGGUAAAGUCUUCAUCACAAACAGUUGCAGUAAAUAAAAUACUUACUGCUUUGCAAAUCUGUGUGUGCUUUUCAUCUGAUAUCUAGUAAGAUGCAUUUCCUACUGCCUUUCUGCUAUCCAUUAAGAUUUUGGGUUCUAUUCUUAAGCAGUUGGAGUCACCUCGCAUCACUCAAAAACCAUCAUAAAGCACCAGUCGUGUUGAGAGCUGAAUAAUUAUUUGGGUGAAUAAGAGACCAGUGCCUAGAUCCUGAGAUAAUAAGUCUGUGCCUGCAAUUCUGUGCCUCACAUGUUUAAAUUGUCAUUGUUACAUACAGUUACUGAUUCACACUUGCAUGCACAAAAGGGUUAAUCUGAGCCCAGAGCUCAAGUUGCCAGAAUGGGUGUUGCUUAGCAGGCUUGCAGCAACCUCUGCUCCCCCUCUUUCUCUCCUUGAGUACGAAUCUCUUCCAAACCUCUCUCUCCAACAUUGGUUUAUGGGCUCAGACAGCACCUAAAUUGUUGAGAAAAGUUUUUGCUUUUUGAAUUUUGAGCCUUUCAAUUUUUUUUGCUCUUUUGUUUUUGCAAACCCCCUGCCAAUGUUCUCUUUUCUUUUCCCCACCCACCAGUUUUGUUUCUCUGCUUAGGCUAAUCUAGUCUUGGCUAAUCUAAUCACUUUUUGAGUGAUUUUUUGUUGUUGCAAUUUUGGUAGUUUUGCUUUUGUGCAUUUUGGGGAAACUUACUUUUUAAGGUUGGCAGCCCAGGAUCCAGUGAGCGGCCAUAGCUUUACCUUUGCAAAGCUUACUGACUCCACAUUUGCCCAGUGGAAAAUGAUAUUGGAGAUCCUUUCAAGGGCAUAAGGGGCAUUAAAUUGUAUUAAGAAUCCUAGACCCACAGACAACGAUGAGGAAGCUGAUCCAUGUUAAGCCUUGCGAAUCUGCAGUCUUUAGAGUUUGCAUUUGGAUCUGUCAGCAAGAGGCCUCAGGUGAGAUGAAGAAACUAUUCAGGCUAAGACUACCUAAAUAGGUGUUUCAAAAGGUCUGUCUAAUGCAGGGAGAGGGAGGCAGGUGGACCAGAUACAUAGGUGAAGAAACUCUCAAACUGUGAUUUUUCUUUCUUAAAUAGGGCUCUCCAGGGAACCUUGCCCAUUUUGAAGACGUUCUGUUUUCUAACCACGAUAUGUCAUCUUCUGUUGGUGUUGUGGGCAUUCGGGUAUCCUCAGCUGAUGGGCAAAAACUUGUUGGAGUUGGGUUUGUGGAUACAUUAGUGAGGAAGCUGGAAGUAUGUGAGUUUCCAGAUAAUGACCAGUUUUCAAACCUUGAAGCUCUGCUAGUUCAGUUGGGCCCCAAGGAAUGUAUUCUACCUACUGGAGAGGCUGCUGGAGAGAUGGAAAAGCUGAAAGAGGUAAGCCAUGGAAAUGUUAUGGGCUGUAGGCUUUGUUUACAUAAAUUUGGAGUAGAGGCGGGAGCAGCUCAUUGAAGAUUACUUUUGAAACAGGUCUUCAAGCCUUAAUUGGCUUUAGCAGUUAAGUUUAUGUUGAGUUUUUGGUGGGGGUCAAUGCUUCUGAUUCCAGUUUCUACCUUCUAUACCAGGCUGAUUAAGUUCGCUGAGAUGGUGGUACUUUUGUUAUAGCUGCUUUUCAAGGACCUGGCCCAAAUGUCAUGGCCAAACCAUGGCUUGAUUCUCAGGGUCAUGUGCUCCUCCCUUCACACUCUCAGAUUCCCUCGCUCACUACCUGGUUUGCAUUAUGUUUGAAUUAGGCUAGCUGUGGUUACUGCCCAGCGCCUAUAAACAUGAGCCAUGAUUACUAGCCAAGUAAUCCUCUGUCCUUCUGCCAGUUCUACCCCCACUCCUCUUAAAUUUGGUAGAAGACUUACAGAAGUGGACAGGGUUUGGCUUUCAAGUUAAUUUGUGCUGCAGGUAUAGAAAAGCUAAGAAAAAGUAGGAUUCUCUUCUCCCUUUUCUUUUAACAUUCUUCAGUGGUUCCCAACCUUUUUGGUAUGGCAACUCACAAGUCCAAAGUUACUUGGGAUGUUGACACAUCAAUUUAUUGUCAUGUAUUUUUGGAGCAUAGGUAUUUGGCUUUCAGCAGUUUCAUGAAAUAUUUAUAGUAUGUACAGAGUUAUUCACAGCUUAGUUUAUAGGAAUGUAAAAGCAUCAACCAUCUUUUCCACCAUAUAAGGGGAAUUGUAAGGAGCAGGGAAUGUAUAUUUCUCACCCAGAGGGGAAAAUAAUGAGCUUUUAUGGAGAAAUCAGUGCUUUCUUCAUAGUUUCUAGACUGUAGUGGGAUACAUGUCUAACAAGCAUGUUCAUCUUUCCUAGUGCUUAACUUUUGUUAAUAAUGAGUAGUUCGUGUUCUAAAAUGGACACAAUCCAUCCAAAGUGAAACAUGUUACAGCUGCAAUCCCAGGCUCGCUUACCUGGGAGUAAGUCCAAUGGAACGCAAUGGGAUCUUCUAUUUCUGCAUUAAAUUGGCUCCAUAUCCUAUAGAUUUUAAAGGGAAAGAUUUCAUGUAUGUAAAGUACCUUCCCCUCUGGACUCUAUAGGAAUGCUUAUAUUUUGGCAGAAUUUCACCCUUUAUUAAUUGCUAAUAUUACGAACGGUUAAGGAGAAUACAUUAUUGUGUCUGUUAUUAAAUAAUUCACUUGGAUUAUUAGUUUAUCAGUAGUUACAUUGAUUCAAACAUUUUGGUUAAAACUGUUGGAAUUCAAGCCUCUAUCGGGAGAAGCUGGCAACCCUCCCAGGCACCCGGCUUGAGUUCCGAUGACCUCCCUGCUGCAUUCCCCAGCAAACUCAGGCUAGGUCUCUAUAGGCGAUUCUUCCCAGCGUGGAAAGAACACACCCACUCUUUCCUGCUCCCCCGGCAGGGGAAAGAGAUAGUCAGAAACGUUUAUUUACAUGGUUUAUUUCUGACUCUUCAGCAUCACAUAAAACAUGUCUGCUCACUUCAGACUCCGGCAAACAAGGGAGUAAGACUUCCUGUACAAUCACAUGAGGAAGGUCUCAAAUUACACUCUGUGCAAUUUCCGGUGAACUGCCCUGUGAGCUGGCUGGAAGGCUGUUUCCCACAGUCAGCUCCAACAUUCCCAUCAUGUGAUGUUUUCAAGCUAGCAGUUUGCAGCUGCACUGCAUCCAUAUCGUAACAAAAACGUUAUGGUAAGAUCCAUUUUGAAUGAAUUCACUGAGAGAUUUACAUGCAUGUUUACAUGGAAGUUAGUAAAUUUCUGGUAAAACUGCAGUUCUGUGCACAUUUACCUGGGAGUGAGGUAUUGAGUUCAGCCAUUGAGUUCAGUCAAUUUCUGAGCAGACAUGCAUAAGGUUAGGCUGAUACGGGUGCACUUAAUAACAAAGAAGAGUCUGUUGGAUCAAGUAAGUGGCCCACCUGGUCCAGCUUCCUGUUCUCACACUGGCCAACCAGAUGCCUGUGGGAAACCUGCAAGCAGGCCCUGAGAACAAGAGCCCUCUCCUCUCCUGUGGCUUCCAGCAGCUGGUAUUCAGAAGCAUAUUCCAACACUGGAGAACCUGCAGCUCUGUAGAUGUUGUUGGACUCCCCAUUAGCCUUGCCCGCUUGGCCAGUGGCCAGUGUACAAGAGGAGUUGAUGUCCCAUAAUAUCUAGAGCGCCACAGGUUCCCCAUCUCUGCUCUAAUGGAAGAGAACAUUCUCAAUUUUUAUAUCUAAAUAUAUAUAUAUUUGUGCAGGUUGUUCAGAGAGGAGGGAUUCUGAUUACAGAGAGGAAAAAGACCGAGUUUGUAACAAAGGACAUUGUUCAAGAUCUCAACCGCUUGCUGAGAUCGAAAGGGAAAGAGAAGAUGUCUAGUGCAACAUUACCCGAAAUGGACCAACAGGUGGGUAACCAGGCUUGAGGGUGGGGGGAUAGAUAUCAGAAAAGUGUCCUAGCCUGGUAACUUGUGGCUUCACUGGCAUUUUGCACCAGCGCCUCCUCUUUGGCCACUUUCAUGUAAAUUCUUUUUGAAAGGGAGAAGAAAUGGCUCAACCUGUUUGACAGCUGUCUUUGUACGGGUUCAGAGUGGUGUUUUGAACCUGUAUACCAGAAUCCAAUGCUUCCCAGAGCUUUGUGCCCUAUAGAGCAAUCCACUGGUAUGAGUGGAAUUUGGAAUAGACUGAUCUCCAGCUGAGCCUGGGCUCUGCCAGGGCUCUGCCGGCUGAAGUCCCUCAUCCCAGCACAGCCAAAGAUACACUGGCAGAAGUCAUCCAUCGUGGCUAUGCCGGGGCUCAGCUGGCUGAUCUGAGUUCCUAAAAAGAGGCAUGCCAGGGGGGUGCUGCAUGACAGGGCAGGGAGAGGUUUAUGCCCAUCCAAACUGGCUUGUGCUAUUCUUCCUGAUGAAUUGGAAUGGUGUCUCAAUGAGGGUCUGAACCAGGCCAAAUUGCAAUGGCUGGUAUUUUGAUUUAGUUUGGUAAUUUUGUUUAUACAUGUUUGUGUUCAUACAUGUUUGUAUUUUAUACUCAAAUUGCAAAGGCCAGUGGUUGAUGCAGAUAUCUAUCUAUCUCUCUCUCUCUCUCUCUCUCUCUCUAUCUAUCUAUCCAGACCAUAGUAUGAUGGUACACUGGUUUGUUUCUAGGGGCUGGUGCUUGAUUAAAGGAAUGCCAGUUGGCUUAGCAUGUCCAUUAAGUGUGCAUGUGGGUAAAACAGUAGUUCCAAAACAAGAAGCAUAUUUUGUUUUCUCAGUUGGUUAAAGUGUGAUGCUGAUAAUGCCAAGGUUGCAGAUUCGAGUCACGUAUGGGACAGCUGCAUAUUUCUGCAUUGCAACUGUACAAUUCUCUGAUGCAAGCAUGUCAUGAUGGGAAUCCUUUUAGAAGAGGUGUUCCCUGUUGUGUGAAGGAGAGGAGAGAAAUGCCCUUUAUGAUGCCUGCAGAUUCCAUUUUUUAAUACUAAAAAAUGAGCUUCUAAAUAUAUCUAUAACAUGUGUAAAUAAAUUGCUACCUGAUUAGUUGGGUGCCCAUUUUUAGUCAACUAAAAGUUUUUCAUUGAUCUCACUGCAGCUCAUUUGCUGGCAGCCUAGAUUGGACAGUUGUCUUUUGCUGGCUGCUAUGAUGUAUGAUUGCCGCCAGGGGUCAGCCUAGCAUAAGGGCCUGCAAACAAAAGGUUAAUCUGGAUGAUACUGAAGGAAUCGGUAUCAUCCAGAUUAGCCAUUUUAUUUGCAGGCCCUUGUGCUAGACUGUCCCGCCCCCGCCACAAAUGCCGUUCCAUGCUUACAGCAGCUUCUAACAAUCCUGAUUCUGUUAGAGCAAAAAACUUAAACCACUCUUGAGCAUUAUUUUUUUUUUUUUAAGUUUCCUGAGCAUGUUAGGUUUUGCAUUUUAAACUCAAAUUGUAGCACUGCCAAUGCCACAGAAAUAAAAUGGGUGUUUGCUACUGUUACCCUGCUGUUGAACACCUUUACCUGGGAAUAAGUACCAUUUUGUUGCAGAAAACAAUAAUACAUAAAAUGAGCACCUGUAACCAUGUACCUGCCUGGCUGUCUGCUCCUGGACUAUAAUAUUAUGGGGAAGAGCCUUAGCUCAGUGGUAGAGCAUCUGCCUUGCAUACAGGAGAUCCCAGGUUCAAUACCUGGCAGCUCCAGGUAGGGCUGUUCCUGUGUUCCAAAAAUAUGUUUUAGGAGAAGAAAGGAAGGAUGCCGCAAUGACCCAGGCAUUCUCAUACCAGUUCAGAUGCUGAUACUGGGCCUGUUUGCCACUUCACUGACAUCUACUGCUCCCUGGGUGGUCAUUUGGUGGCUCUAGACUUCAGUCCUGAGGUCUAGUCCUAAGCUGCAACAUGGAAUGGGAUGCACGGUGAAAAUGGACAUGGUCAAAACAAAUACUUUCUUGCUACUUCUCAUUGAAGUUAAAUAUCAAGCAAGUUACACGAAUGUUUUUGAAGUAUUACUAUUUUAUUAUUUGCUGGAGAGACUUCCAAAUACAUGUUGCCGUCUCACACAUAGUGGUAUAUACAUUUUUCUACACGGGUCUUACCUCUGUUUAGACAAAAUGACACAUGUAAACUAGCCUUCGUUGGCUGCUCUUUUUUGUUUGUUAUUUUGCAUCAUCUGUAAAAUUGGAAUGAUGUAACUCACAGGGGUUUUUUUGCAGAUAGACGAGAUAAAGUCCUCUUUAAAUAUUUACGUUGCUACAAAAAGCAAUGCAACCGUUAGAGCAUGGAUGUGUGAAGAAUAUUUUAAAAGUGAUAUUCAGCAUUGCUGCCUAGUCUAGUUAAUGUAUAAAGCUACUGUACCCACCCCAUCUUAAUCCAUAUUUUCAAGAAAGUUGUUGUAACCUUUAUUUAUUUAUUUAUUUAUUUACAUACGUACGUAAUUCAUAUUCUAUACCCUCAAUAUAUACUCGUGUUCCCAGAGUAACUAACAUAGUAAGAAAAGAUGAUUUAAGAUGGCGGUGAUAAUUAAUAAUUAUAAUAAUAAUAAUAAUACAAGGAAUGAAAACUCAUGCAGCAGCAGCCAAUUUAAAUAUACAGUGGUAUCUCUGUUUACGAACUUAAUUCGUUCUGGAAGUCCGUUCUUACACCAAAAACGUUCUUAAACUGAGGCGUGCUUUCCCCAAUGAGGCUUGCCGCCGCUGGUGGCCUUCCACUGGUCCGCUUCUGUUUGUUUUCCGGUGCAAAGUUUGCUAGCUGGAACACCUACUUCCAGUUUGGCGGAGUGCAUUGCCUGAAUCGUUCGUUAACAGGACUGUUCUUAGACCGAGGUACGACUGUGUGGUAAAAUCAAGCCGUUAUAUCAGAGCAAUCCAAACUGCCAUGGUAGAAAGCGUUUGUGGGGACCAGAGCCACCUUUCCAUUCAACUCUGCCAGUCUCCGCCAGCUGGGGAACUACACUGGCGAGGAUCAUCCCCAUACAAUUGCUUAAAUGGCGAAUGGGCAGAAGCCGCUGCUGCUGGUAUUCAUACCAGUGGUAGCCAUCAGAAAACCCCAGAGCAGGGCUUUUGUGGGGAGGGCUGGACUGGCACAGGGUUCACUUGAUUCUGGGCACCCCCUGCUGCCAUCGUGAAGACAGGCCCAAUGUGGGCUUCUUCUCCAAAAUGAGCUGUGAGCUGGUACAGCAGAGAUGAUUUGUGGAUGUUGUGCUUGACUGCAUUGCUCCAGCAAGCCCUGAAGCUGUUGUCUAGGGGUUAGAAUUCCACCCUAAAUUAAAGAAUGCUGACAUUCUUAAAGUACUGUAAACAGGUGACUGGGAGAGGGAAAGCCCAUCAGUAAUUACUAUUUUUCAGGGAAGCUCUUCUGGAAUCUUUAGGAUGGAUGCUUAGAAAGUUGAGGAAUUGUUAAUCCGUUUUAGUAUUUUAACUUUUGUAUGUUUUUUAUGUAGGGCUGUAAAUAAUUCUUGAUUUUACUGUUUUACCUUCUGUAAACCACUUUGAGGUAUUUUAUACAAUUAAACGGUGUAUAAAUUUUAUGGAAGAAUAAUAAUAAUAAUAAUAACUGUAGCAAAAAAUCUGUGAGAGAUCGGUUAGACCUCUUGCAUUCAUUCUACACAAGAUAAGUGACUGGCAUCUUUUAAAAUUACCAAUUUUUUUAACGCUCUCCUCCCUCACCCACUUAAAAUUACACACAGCCAACUCAGUGCGUGGGCAAUUUUAAAUUAACACACAUAAGCUAUGGCUAGCACUUCCUCCUCCUGCUGGGGAGACUGCCUGCAACUUUUAAUAACAUUCUGAAAACAUGUAUAAGGCUUGCUUUUAAACUAAUGCUCUCCCAAAGGUUUUCUUUGAACCACACCUGUGGUUUUGUUCUUUAUGACAACCUUUAUUUGAAUGGUGGAAGGCUUGUACAGUUGCUAAGUGUGAGUUAAAAGUGCUUGGUUCAAUUCUCAUCUCUGCCACAAACUUGAAUGUAGCCUUAGUCUCCCUUCCUCUCUCUCUGCACUUGAACUACGCUUUGCAAAUGUUUAUUGGUGAUGUUUAACAUGCAGUUUCAAGUGAGAGAAGUAGCACUAUGACCUGCUAAAAAGAAAAAGGAGGAGUUUUGCAGAAGAAAAUGGGCAUCAAUGUCACUUUUAAACAGAAGAUCUGUUUGUAGCUAGCUUUUCAAACAACUGCAGUUUACGUUUGCAUUUCAACACUGAAGUACUUUUGUUAUAUUUGCAUAGUCCUUUCAGUGUGGAAUUGUUAGGAUAUCUGAACCUAAGGGGUCCGGAUCCAGUCACCUGCCCCUGCUGUUAGCAUGAAGGAGUCAAACAUACACCAGGGUGGGUUCCACAGAGAAAAAGGUUUAUUGCAAAAUCUGCGCAGAGUUAGCCAGUGGAAUAGCUUCCAAAGACUGGCCGCCCCCUAUUGUCUUCCAAGCAUUCUUAUACUGAAGCUGCAAGCUUGGCUCCCAGUUGCUCCCCAAUCAACAGGCAGAGAUACACUUUAUUAGCUAAGCCCUCCUCCCCCACCUUUGCAUAUUGUUUGCUUUUGCAUCUUUGCACAGCUGGGGUGAGAAGUCAAAACGAAAACCACUAACGGCCUGCCGAGCCUCGCUCUUCUGCUUCAGCUAAGUAGGACGCCAGACAGGAAACCCACUACCUGCCCGCAGAGCUGUCUUGCAUAGCUAAGACAAUUGUUAGCUGGAGCUAGCUAAAGCACGAUGGAGUUUUUACCUUCCCCCACCUCUUCACUCCUCUCCCUUCAGAAUAAAUGGCUGCUUCUGUUCUUUCUUUGCUCUCCUGCUGCAGAUAGUGGCUAUUGCAGUUCUCUGAACACUAAUUUAAAGGUGUGUGAAGGAUAAAGCCUUUGACUGGGACAGUCCAGGAUAGGGCUCUUAAUGCUUCCCACCGUACUUGGCUGUUCACCUUAUAUCUUUCUAGCACAGAGAUACAGACUAGUUCACAUAUAACUUAGAGUCAGCCAUGGCUUCGUGCAAACACAUGGGUUCAUUGAAUGAAGAUUGCAACUCCUCUUGUUGGUUUGCUACCUGGGGGGCUAAACCAUGGUUUGGCUAAGUGUUGCAUCUAACCUGGGCUGAUAGUUUUCCAGACGAAACACAAGCUAUAACCAUGGUUUGUUCUGUGGCUUACCAUGGUUUGUUUGGAGCCAGACAAGUCAUUAUCCCAGCUUUGGAUAUAUUGCUAUGCCAAACCAUUGCUUAAGUCUGGGUAGCAUGGCAGCAGUAGGACUGGGGGGCAGGGGGAGAUACAGUGGCUUUGCAGUCUUUGCUCCCAGAAACCAUGUGUUUAACUCAUUUUCGCUAAACCAUAGUUUGGCUUAUUGUUGCAUCUUCGGAACUAGAUUGCUAUCAAAUUUCUAGCAAUAAUUUCACGUGGAAUUAUUUAACUGCCGAUUCUACUGUUCAUUUGGGAACUCUUCCUUAGUUGGAUGGCAUCCCGCUCUGUACCUAACAGUACGCCAGUGACAAGCUGCCUGUCUUACUGCAUGUAGAGUAAUCCCCCCUUUUUUUCCCCCCCACACCCCCAGAUCGCCAUCACUUCCUUGGCUGCAGUGAUUAAGUAUUUAGAACUCUUAACUGACGAGUCUAAUUUUGGGCAGUUCGAACUCUCCACCAUGAACCUCCAUCAAUAUGUCACACUGGAUCAUUCUGCUGUCAGGGCACUUAAUCUUUUCCAGGUAAGCCGGGGCAUUGCUAUGUACGUAAGACUCUGGGCACAGACCUGCAACACAAACCUGCCUAAAAUAGGGACACAUGCCCUUUUUUUGCACAUCUGUUUUAAGUUGGACACAGUUUUUGGGUGGGAAAGUGGCAUCCAGAUAAGCAUGUAAAUGAAAUGUGAACACAAGCUCAUUCCAGAAACAAAUCUUAGUUGAAUUAAGAGAACAGUAUUCUCAGGAGUUAGCCCAGGUUAAGGAUUUUCGCAUCGGAACUUAUUUUGAUCAAGGCAUACUCAAAGUAGACCCACUGAUACCAGUAGAUUGCAUCCAACGUUGUGUGAGAGGACUUCUGCUUGCACAAAUAAUUCCUCUCCUCCCUCCUGCAGCUCCCUGCGCACUCCUCAGAUCUGCUCCAGAGGGUCCCCCAAACCUCUGGAGCAGAUUUUGAUGGCCAAUGCAGUGGUUCCCAACCUUUUUUUGGCCGUAUCCAACCUAAGCAUCUUUAUAACUCUUAUUAUUCAAAAAGUGAACUAUUCACAUGGAAGAAGCCUAAAAGGCCAUUAAUUUUGUCUAACUCAUUCUUGAAUUGCCCCCCCUUCAAAAUCAAAUUGGCUGGGUUUGUCAUGUCCAUCAAUUCCAGUUGGUCUGUUCUGAGCAUGACUUAAGUGGAUAUACCGUAUUUUCUGCUCUAUAAGACUCACUUUUUCCCUCCUAAAAAGUAAGGGGAAAUGUGUGUGCGUCUUAUGGAGUGAAUGCAGGCUGCGCAGCUAUCACAGAAGCCAGAACAGCAAGAGGGAUUGCUGCUUUCACUGCGCAGCGAUUCCUCUUGCUGUUCUGGCUUCUGAGAUUCAGAUUUUUUUUUUCUUGUUUUCCUCCUCCAAAAACUAGGUGCUUCUUGUGGUCUGGUGCGUCUUAUAGAGUGAAAAAUACGGUAAUCAACUUAUUAAAUAAAUCAUAAUAAACUAUGCAUCUUAAUUGAUUAACAGCUGCACACAAAUAAAACAGUAAAUUGGAAGAGAGAAGGCGCACAUACAUCUCAAAGGAGGCUCAGGGUCAAGGCUCAGGGACAAUAGGAGUUAUAGUCCAGUAAGUCCUGGAGGGCUACUACUUCCUCAUCCCUGAUCUAAUAGAUUAGAUAGACUACAUGUUGCAGCCCUUGUUUUGACAGGUGUGCGCAUGCAAAUAUAUGCAGAUGCCCUGCAGCUAGUAUUCCCCACUCCUGCAUAGCAUAUUAGGCUGGCAAAGCUUAGAUAAAUAAAAUAUGAGCCGAAAGCUUUAAGAGAAUGUAUUUUGUGUUGCAUCGAUGGAUCAGCCAGCAUUUGGGAAGGAAAAUGUUGGGGAAGUAAACCUUUAAUCCACGCAAUGUGGCAGAAUCUGCCUUGACAUAAGGAAAGACAUAAGCCACGUUGUGAAGCUAGCUAGGGACGCUAUAAAGUUGUAUUGAUCUUGGUAUAUAGCCCUGUAAAGCCCAUUAUUUUAUUUCGGAGCUUUACAUGGCUUUAUUGUUUUUAAAAACGAGCUGUGCUCUGAUACCGCUCCACAGCUAAGCUGCUGGUUCCUCAUCUUCACUGAUCUAGUACAUUUGUAUACAUCCACAUAGAAGGGAAAGACCCUCGCCCCCAUUUUUUUCUCCCCUCUCCUCAUCUCUCAAUUCAGCUAGUUUGUUUUCCCUAUGAGUUGCCUCCUUUGUUACGGGAAGGAUGGGCUUGAACUCUGUUGCAGCAUGCCAAAUUAACUAUAAAGGAACUAUAAAGCAUAAAGGAAAUAAUUUUAUUUAUCUAUUAUUACAUUUACACCCCACAUAAAUUAAGUUGGUUUAUGUCACUGGAGCGCCCUGGAGAAGAAGGGGGUGCCUUUUCCAGAACUGUGGUCACCGGAGGACGCUUGGAGAUCCAGGGGGGCUGCAGAUAGCCCAGAGCGCUCUCCCAACACUGCCUUCCAAAGAGCUCACACACUCAUACGUGGCUCUCUGCAUCCCAUGCUCAAAAUAACCCUGCAAGGUUGAGAGACAGUGAUUGGCCUAAAGUGACCUAGUGAGCUCCAUGAACGAGUGGGGAUUUGAACUCUGGCCUUCCAAGUCAUAGUCCAACACUCUAACCACUAUGGCGACCACCUCUUAAUUCAGAAGAAAAGUACUAAAAUGCAAAACACAUACAUGUUCUCACUUGCCACUAUUCUGCUUUUAGAGAGGUUUCACUCACUUUUGCACAAAUGUUUUUUGGUUGUUGUUUUUUUAAAAUUGACUUUCUGCCACAAUGUGUUAUUUCCCCUCAGCGUUCUUCGGAAAAUGCUCAAGGUACGCACUGUUUGGCUGCCCUGUUAAAUAAGUGCAGAACGGCCCAAGGACAGAGGUUGGUGAACCAGUGGAUCAAACAGCCCCUAGUGGACAGGAACAAAAUAGAAGAAAGGUAAAUAUUCUCUCCUUCAGCGCUGAUGCUUGGAACUGCCUAGAUUAGAAAACGCACCACUACUUUCCUACAAUUUUGGAUCACAAUUUUUGUUGGUGUUUAAGUGAGUAUAUUGAGUUGUUUGCCUUUCGGAGGAUGGUUGUUUAGAUUGCUCCAAAAAGGCGGAGUUGCUUUUCAGUAGCUGGAGGGAAACUAGUCCAGGGAGUUCUGGUAAGGCUGAAAAACUUCCUGAAUGUACGUAAGCAGUGGUAGUUCUAGUGUUUAGAACCACCCUUAAUAGGUUUUCUCUGCUGCAAGUCAUGAGUUUGUUUAUGAUAAGAGAAAUUGGGCUUCAAUUAGUUGGACUUAUGAGCCAUUGAAAUCAGUGGGAACCAAGUGCAGCUAAUUUAGUCUUGAGUCCAACUCUCUGAGUUUUCUGCUGCUUCUGUUAACAGUGAAACAUCAGUACUGUACUAGGCAUGCCAUUUUCUUGUUUUAUCUUAACGUUUGUAUUAGCUGUUGCUCUCAUACUUCCGAUUCUGUUUGUCUUAAGCCAUUAAAAUGAUUAUUUGCUUCACGGCACCAGACUUGGUAUUACGCUGGUCAUGAAAUCUGAGGAAGCUGAGUGCAGCUAAAGCUGAGCAUCUGACCUUUUAAAGAAGUAAUGUUGAUUUGGAUCCUUGAUCUUGCAAACAAUAAAAGCUCCCAAUUCAGCUCGGGGCUGUGUGAUUCACUUGUGGGUCAACAGAGAAGGAAAAGAGGAUUGCAAAUGACAGUCGGUGCCCCUGCUGUGCUUGCAUGGCAAAGGGGCUUCAGCAUUGUCUUACAGCUCCAAAAAUACCUGUCACAGGUUGCCUGGUGAAGGUCUGGAAGGCUGAUUUAUAGCGUAUGUUAGUGGACUAUCUGAAUUUAACUAGGAUAGGCUUAAUGAAUUUGUAUGAUUAAAGUGGAGUCUCAGGCUUAAUGAAUCCAAUUCAUUGAAUAGUUUGGCACCAGUAUCUUCUGGCUUUAAUACUGGCUUUAAUACUAAAGGACUAAAGUUUUAGUCCUUUAGUUCUGAAAGGGAAGAAGUUGGAUAAUGAAUAGACAUGGAAAGAAUAGCCGGGGCAGCAUCAACAAAGUAGUUUUUUCAUCACAAGGGCUUCUGGCUGAACUAAACCUCCCUCUCCUCUCCCUGCACCCUGCCCAGAUAUGCUCUGUAGGAUUGGAGGAACCCCCAGAACAGAUUUAGUGGGCACCUGAGGAGGGGUUCCCUUGCGUAGCCAGAAAUCCUUGUGCUAUCACAGUAUUUUUCAAUCUUGGAAUCCCAGCUGCUGCUGGACUACGACUCCCAUCAUCCCUGACCACUGGCCCUGCUAGCUUGGGAUGAUGGGAGUUGUAGUCCAUCAAACCACUGGGGACCCAAGGUUGAGAGACACUGCUAACAGAACUGCUUCAAGCGAUACCACCCCAGGAUACAGCAUGGCCAGAGCAGAAAGUGCUUCCAAGUAUGUGCCUGUCUGGGGUGGGUUUAGGUGUCACCCAGUUUUCACAGCGAUGCACACCGCAGUGCACUGCAUGCACCCCCAGGGAGGUUGCUGGGCAUUCAGGAGCAGCUUUUAGGAGGUGGGAAAGGGUUGCAGCAGAGAAUUCCAUAAAGCUCUGUGUGCAUGUGGGUGACAGCACAGCCUUAAGCAGGCAGCAUUCACUGUCUCUUUUCUGCACCCAUCUCAUGUUUGCUACAUAAGAAGAGCUGGCUGGCUGCACAAUCCAGUCCAGCCUCCUGUUCUCAGUCGCAAACCAGAUGCCUGCAGGAAACCCCUCAAAGCAGGAUCUGAGGACAAGAGCAGCCUCCCAUUCUGUGGUUUCCAACUGUGGAGGCAGAGCUUAACCAGAGAAUCAUAGAACUGUUGGAAGGGACCACGUAGGUCAUCUGACUCCCUGCAAUGCAGGACUUUUUUGCCCAAGCUGGGGCUUAAAUCCACAACCCUGAGAUCAAGAGUUUCAUGCUCCACCAACUGAGCUAUCCCACAUCGUGGCCACCCUCCAUGAGAAUCUCCUCCAUUGCAGAUCUAUAGAAGUUGGGAUGGUAGUAGUGCCAUCCUCCUAAAAAAGAAGCAGCUCUUACUCAGAAGAUAUCUUUCUUUAGGCUUGUCAGAAGCGACCAAUGACUUCAGCAGACAGCAUGUGGGCUUAUAAGAAGACUUUGUGUGGGAAGGACUAUGAAUGUCUUCUGAAGCCCGAGGGGAAAACACAUCAAGUUCUGUUCAACAAAGCCUGACAGACUCCCUGUGGAGGAUUGACCUAGACCAGAAACCUGUAUGAAAACCUUUUUGUGGUGUUCGUUGGCACGGGUGCCUAGAUCCUUGCUCAGCUAUGGUGGGGCAAAAACUUAGGGAGCUUCUCUCUCGGGGCUGCUGUGAAGGUUGUAAAGCAAGCAAAGUGCUUGCGGUGGUAUAUAAAUUACUUAACGUAACACCCCCCCCCACGCUGGUUAUUAUAGUAGCAGUAGUAAUAUUUCUUUAUUAUAAAAAGUUAUAUCAUGCUUUCCCAAAGGAAACACUCAAGGCAGCUAACAAUAAAACCACAAAUUUACAUUAAAACAAUAUACCAAAAAAAUACAAAAGAGAAGAUGAAACCAGCUGCCAGCUAAAAAUUAACACUUUCAGUGGAUCAUAUGAUUUAGAAUAUGAAUUGUAGAGUUGGAAGGGACCAUGAUGGCAAACUUGUCCAACCCUUGCAAUGCAGGAAUCUUUUGCCCAACGUGGCGCUCAAAUCCAUAGCCCUGAAAUUAAGAGUCUCAUGCUCUGCCAACUGAGCAACUCUUCCCCUCCCCUCUCCUGUACCCCCCCAAAACUCUCCAGAGAAUUGGGGGCCCCUCCUGAACAGUUGACGCUGUGGGUCCCAUGGGGCUUGGUGCAAGGGGAGAAUUUCCCAAAAUCAGGUGGAGGGAAAUCUCCCUUUGCACUUCAACCCUCUGUGAUACAGACCCCACCGACAGGUGCCCAUCACUGUCUACAUCUUAGCGAAACAAUUUUUAUAUUUGUACUGUAUAAGCGUAUUUUGGCAUUAAGUGGUAUAUAACUUUUUAGAAAUAUUAAUUGCAUUAAUGAGUAGUAUUAGUAAUAAUACCAGUAAUAUCAUUAUCUUCCUCCUUCCUAAUGUGAUGUGCUGACAGAAUGUUGCUUGCCUAAGACUACAGAGUUCAUGGUAGACAUGAGUCCUGGUCCAUAGGCUUCUGUCUGUUCUUCUGAGGAGCAGCAGCAGAGGUGUUUGUGGCAAUGUAGGUCGGAGCCUUCUCUGAGAUAGCACUGACAUUAAGGCAUUCCUUCCCUUGGGAAUCUCCAUUCCUUGUAGGGAAGCUCCGUAACUCAGCGGUAGACCGUCCAUUUUGCAUGCGGAAAUUUCCAGAUUUGGUUCCCAGCAUCUCCUGGGAGGACUGGGAGAGACCCUCUCUUCAGAAUCCCAGACAUGCUGCCAGCCAGUGAGUUAGGUUGGCCAAUGUUCUGACUUGCCACAAGGUAGCUUCCCACUUUCCUGUGUUUGGUGGCUUUCAGACGUCAAGCAAAGGCAAUCUUUUCCCACAAGGGCCUAUUUCUAAAAAAUAUAAACACUGUUGACUGUAAUCUCAGGUAUGGCUUUCUGUUGAUUUACGUUCUGUUUAUACAGUGCGCUAAUUGCUUUUAGUUCUUUUUGCAAGCUGCUUUGGUUUUCUUUUUUUAAUGAACCUGUGUUAUAAACAUUUUAAUGAAUGAAGAAACGUAAAAAUGCUGUAUCUGGCCAGUGCCGCUUCAGACUGCAGGUGUGUGUAUUUGUGUAUGUGUGUGUGUGAUGUGAUCAAAUGUUUCUUCGUGCAUCCCCCACCAUACUUUUUUAAAAAAACCAAACAAACACCUUAGAUGCUCCAUUGGAUAUUUUGUGAGAACAAAGCUGUCUCUGCUUCUCAUCCAUAAAAUCACAGUUGUGGGCUAAUGACCAAUUUCUUCAGGCAAUUCAACUCUGUAGUGCCCAGAUCCAAAGUCUGAGGAGCAUGCUGUAAAUCCAUUGAUGUUGGAUUAAGGCCACCAAGUGAUACUUCAGCGCUCCCAGCAGCAGGAAGUUUUUAAGUACAGUACAGUGGACGCUCGGGUUGCAAAUAUGAUCCAUGCGGGAUGCAUGUUCGCAACCCGCAGUGUCCGCAGCCUGCAGCGGCGCGUCUGCGCACGUGCGGGUUGUGAUUCGGCACUUAUGCACAAAGUGCAAUUUAGCGCUUCUGCGCAUGCACAACCGCUGAAACCCGGAAGUAACCCGUUCUAGUACUUCCAGGUCCGUAACCCGAAAGAACACAACCUGUAGCAUCUGUAACCCAAGGUAUGACUGUACACAGAUGCAGUUUCUAGCUGGCUCUUAACUACCCGCUCCCAGUUGCUAGAACUCACCAACUUAAAAUGAAUGUGAAAUGGCAGUCUUGCCCCCUGAAGUGUCUUGCAAGUUAAUGAACACCAGGUCAGUUGUGUGAUCUUCUCUUUCCCUUUUCCUUUCCUGUUUUGGCAGAAUAGCAGCACAGUUGAAGCUUAAUCAGAAGAAAGGCCCAUAACACUAACUUGUCUCCUGCCAAAUUAGAACAAUGGAGUGGUAUGCAACUGCUCUUUACUCAGGAGGAGACCCGUUGAAAUGAACGUUUGUGACUAAGCCAGGUCAAUUAAUUUCAGUGGGUCUUCUCUGAAUAAAACUUGGUUAAAUGUCACCCAUAGACUUCCAUAGAGAGGGGUGUAUGUGCAGAAACCAGCCUACUGCACAAAUGUAUAGUUUUGCCUCUGGCUCCAGCAGCCUCUGGCAUGUGGCCCCUGGAAGGUUCCUCAGCGGGGAAUGUGGCCCUUGAGCUGUCAAAGGUCCCCCCGGUCCCCCCCGGUUUAGCAGAUACCAGUGAGCCUAUCUUCGUCCUGGGCUUGCUCAUUCCCCUCCUCCCCUUUCCUCCAUCCAGGUGUCUGGGAGGCGGCAUUCGGAAGCUUCUGCUGUGAGUUAGCACCUGCCUCCUGUGCUGUCAGCACUGUGGUUAACACUUUACUAUGGAUGCUUUCAACAAGCGAGUGUCAAAAACCUUAAUACGACGAUGACGGGUUUGAAAUGAACCAUAAUUAAUGUCUGUUUCCAGACAUCUGCAUGUGUCUUCCAGGGAAACCUACCCAAUACCUAGUUGAGUAUAAAGGUCUUUAAGGGCUUGUUUAAAUGCUAGGCAUGUCUUUUAAAGGGGUGGCUUCCAUUCAGCGACAAGCGUAAGCCACUUUUGCUGCUAGGAAACUUGAUUUCUUUUUAGAAAUAUUAUUCUAUUACUGUAAAAUUAUUUCAUUUCUCUUUACUUACUGUUCCUGUGUUUCACAACUUUAUGUUGGCAUUUUUUUCCUCGUUUGUCUGCACUUUUGAUUUAGAAAAAAGCAGGAAAACGCAUCCUGAAAGCCAAAUUUAGCAAUUUGGUGGGUGAGUUUGACAUGUAAGAAAUGAAAUCCCACCAAAUGGCAUGGAAAUGAGUUCUGGGUCUUUGGUGUCUGAGCUAGUCCUAGUCUUCUCAUGGAAGAAGUGGAGACUUGUAGUUUCUCUAUCACUAACCCAAAGUGUGCAAUUUAGUUGGAUGCUGCUCCAUUCAUUUUUCUAAGUGUGACUCCUCCAUUGCAUUUCAAAUGGCACCCGUUAAAGCCCUGAUAGGAGUUGUUCAAAACAUCUGGAGGGCACCAGGUUGGGGAAGGCUGGUUCAUGCUGUUGAGUUACAUUUUUAUAGUCUCUCUUAAUGCUGUGAAGGUCUGGCCAAGCACAAAGUGAGGAAUUAUUUGAUUGAACAACAUGAAAUUGUUCUGGGACUGAGUGGAAUUGUGCCGGCAUAACAAAAUAAGCGUUGAAAAGGCAUUUAAACUGGGAGUGGUCAUUCUGGCUGUGAUCUUACUGCUAUAGAUAAAAUGCUAUUAGAAUUCUCUAGAGAUGGGCCACUAAUUUUGGAUGGCCUUGGUAGCCCGCCAGGAUUUGGGAACAUCAGCACCCCCUCAACCAAGAGAAAAUCCUUUGGCAGGUGCUUUGGAAACAUUCUGACUUUCAGGGCCCUUCCAGAGUGCAGCGCAGGUUCAGAGACCAGAACAUCUUAUCUCGCCUGAAUUCCAGUCCUGAGGAAGAAUUAGGAUUGACAGCUGAUUUUUUUACUCGCUCUUUGGAGGCAUUCUGAGUGCAUCUAAAAUGCUGCAUAAAGUCAGAGGCAAGGGAGAGAGGUGAUGUGAGAGGGCAGUGACCGUGACGAUUUUAAAAUAGUCGUCCAAAAGUAGCCUUCUUUCCAAAGCCCAUUCAUUCAUUGCAUUCAUAUUCCACCUUUUCUUCCAAAGAGCUCAAGGUGGCGGUACAUCGUUCUCCCCCUCAUCAUUUAAUCCCCACAACAUCCCUAUGAGAAUAGGCUAGACUGAGAGACAGGGACUGGCCCAAGGUCAUUCAGUGUGCUUCAUGACCAAGUGGGGAUUUGAACCCUGGUCUCCCAGGUUCUAGUCUAACACUCUAACCACUACACCAGCCCAGCAGAAAGUGAACUAGAGACAUUUUGCAUGCAAAGUGUGUCCUUUACCACUGAGCUAUAGCCUUUCCCGUUCCGGCAGAAAGAUCAAGUCACACACGAUAGCAUGCAGAAGUAUGACCAGUGCUGCUAUAGCCUCGACUAUAAAUUUCAGUAUUCUUUCAUCCUCAAAACGCCAGAUGUAUUAUCCAAGGUGAUCAAUCUCAACCCUGGCUCGUGAUUUCUUCUUCAGUCAUAGCCGAGUAAGAUUGUCUUCCAUAAACAGGGUUUUAACAAUGAGUCCGUAAGUGACCUUGGAGGCCAAUUUUGGAUCCUCAUGUCCUUCCACAGUGGGGACAUUGGUUCCCGGGUGGGAGUUGAUCACUGUGUGGAUUUGCCAAGCGUGCCUUCCUCUUAGCACGUUUCUCCCUUGCAUCCUGAGUUUGAGUGUCUUCAAAGUCCAUGACACCUUUGGUAAAGGCUGUUCUCCAAUUGAAGCGCUCACAGGCCAGUGUUUUCCAGUUGUCAGUGUUUAUACUACAUUUUUUUAGAUUUGCCUUGAGACAGUCUUUAAACCUCUUUUGUUGACCACUGGCAUGGCACUUUCCAUUUUUAAGCUUGGAAUAGAGUAGUUACUUUGGAAGACGAUAAUCAGGCAUCUGCAGAACAUGACCAGUCCAACGAAGUUGAUGUUGAAGAAUCAUUGCUUCAACACUGGUGAUCUUUACUUCAUCCAGUACACGGAUAUUAGUUCGCCUGUCUUUCCAAGUGAUAUGUAAGAUUUUUCGGAGACACCUUUGAUGGAAUUUUUCGAGAAGUUGGAGAUGGCGUUUCUAAGUGGGCCAUGUUUCACAAGCAUAUAGUAAGGUUGUUAGUACAACAGCUUUGUAAACAAGCAUUUUGGUUUCCCUGCAAAUUUCCAGGUCCUCAAACACUCUGCACUUCAAUCGGGAGAAAGCCGCACUCGUAGAGCUCAGGCGAUGCUGGAUUUUGGUAUCAGUGUUGACCCUUGUGAAAAGAUAACUGCCUAGGUAGGAGAAAUGACCCUGACCCAGGCACAUCAAAACCUUGGCGGGGCAAGAUAAAGGUCAGGGAACAGUCAUGCCAACAUGCUUAUUAUAGCACAUCAUCCCUGGAAUUGUUGCAAACCAGGGGUCUCCCAACAUGAAGUCGCUUCUAAUAGCUUGUGAAAAGGCUGUCAAGUGGGCUGCAGUGUAAUCUAUUGCUGAAUUUUGUUAGGCAGCAGGGACAGCUGAACCUGAUCCGAUGCUCCCAAGUGCCAUGGACUCUCCUGUGCAUCUGAUAUACCUGUUGUUUGCAGGAACGCCAGCCCCAUCUGUCAAGUUUCCUUGUUAAUUUCUCCAGAGCCCUGCAUUAUUAUGCAUGUCAACCACCUGCCUUUAGCAGGUGCAAAGGUGCAAAAUUACAGCAAGGGAAAUCGUGUGCAUUCAAUUCCCAAACAUCUUGGUGGGACGUGGGUGGCGCUGUGGGUUAAACCACAGAGCCUAGGACUUGCCGAUCAGAAGGUUGGCGGUUCGAAUCCCCGCGACGGGGUGAGCUCCCGUUGCUCAGUCUCUGCUCCUGCCAACAUAGCAGUUCGAAAGCACAUCAAAGUGCAAGUAGAUAAAUAGGUACCACUCUGACGAUAAGGUAAACGGCGUUUACGUGCGCUGCUCUGGUUUGCCAGAAGCGGCUUAGUCAUGCUGGCCACAUGACCCGGAAGCUGUACGCUGGCUCCCUCAGCCAAUAAAGUGAGAUGAGCACCGCAACCCCAGAGUCGGUCACGACUGGACCUAAUGGUCAGUUCCCAAACAUCUCCGGUACAUCUGUGCUGGCAUGAACCACAGUUGGGUCUCCAUUUGUAGUUGAUCUAGAUUCCUUUCCCCUCCCUUGCCCUGCUCUUCCACCUGUGGCUAUCUUCAGAGGCUUACAUUGUUUUCUGGUGGUACUGAGGACCACAUUGGCUGCCGAGCAGGAGCUAAAAGCGUUGUAGCCAGCUACUCAAGAGUUGACAUAUUAAAAAGAAUAGUCGUGCCUGUGAACAUCAGUGGGUCUACUCUGAGUAGGACUAGCACUGGAUAUAGUCCAAUGUCUGUACCUCUUUAUAAAUAAGCUACAUUUGCGUUUCUGUACUUUAAGUCUUACACAUCCCCAAUAAAUUUUGAGGACUUGUAACUUGAAAAUUUAUUCUGUUCAAAAGUCUUUGCGCACCGUGAGAGGAAAGUAUUCUCUGAGUGGAGACAUGCUGUUUAUACUUACAACAGAAAGAACCAACACUUCACAUAGGUUUUUUAAUGUUCCUAGUGGCACAUUUUAAGUGGUCUCGAUUUUGGAUUAUCACCAAAGAUAAAAUUUAUGCACCUCUCCACGUUUCAGAGCCUUAAGUCUGUUAAGGGAAAACUGCAACAUUCCUUAGUUGUUCUGGAUACAGCUUCAGAGCAGCAUCAUUCUGACUAGAUAAGCCAGACAUAUACAGUAUAUAUAAAUAUUCAGCUCUCCAAUACAGAAUUGUUAGGUAGAAAGCAGACCUGCCCUGCCCCUGGGACAGAAAAGUAAUACAUAUGAACGUUUGGAUAAUACGAAGCAGCACGUAGAAAUAAAUACAGAUCCAGCAGAUUUGCUCUGCUCUAGCAGAAAGGAUUCACGUGAAAUAAUAGCCAUGGGAAAAUAUUUAUUACCAGUUUAAUAACUUGUAAGUAUUUAAGAAUAGGACUUGGGGCUCAAAUCUGACAUAAAAAUUAGCAGGCACCUUGGAAGCUGUACAGAAGUACCUCAGGUUACAGACGCUUCAGGUUACGUGUUUUCGGGUUGCGCACCGCGCUGAACCCAGAAGUACUGGAAAAGGUUACUUCCGGGUUUCGGCGCUUGCGCAUGUGCAGAAACACUAAAUCUCAGGUUGCGACUGCUGUGAGUUGUGAAAGUGCCUCCAGCACGGAUCACAUUCGCAACCUGAGGUUCCACUGUAAUGCAUUACAGAGCAUUCUGCAGCUGACUUCAAAGUCACUAUACUUUCAACAACAAGACCUCACAGGAAGCUCUAGCAUAAAACUACAAAUUCUGUUGCGCUCAGUUUGGACUAAAUCAGGACUCUGUUUUGCUCUUUCCCUGUAGGUGUUAACAGAAUCUUAAUGUGACCCUUCCCCACCCCCCAACUAUAAUUGCUCUUUUGAAUGGGCUCCUCUGUUCUGCUCUUGCAUUUAUUUGUGACUUGCAGAGAAAUGCCACAGACCCACUGCCACCCUUUUAAUCUGUGACCCUCUGUUUGCAAUUUCUCCCUCUUGUGAAUGGGUAUCUUAUCUGCCCCGUCAUCUGGGGAUGGCACUUGCAAUGAAGGAAGUGGACUUCCCCACUUGGGGGCCUUGUGCUGUGAUAAAUCUGUUUUGUAAGAUGCUACAGGACUACCUGUUGUGUUUGCUGCAACACGCUGCUACCUCUCUGGCAAGCCUCAAAAUUGCAGUAGUGGAUUCUGCUGAGCACUAGAAAAAGAUAUGUAGUCCGCACUUUGCCUCAGCAUCUAAUUUCAAAGCCUCCCUUCAUGCAGUUCUUAUAGUUUUGUUGUUUAGUAAUAACAAGAGGGGAGCACUCUGCCCCAAAGAACUGCAGAACGAGAGGCAUAUAAGAGAUCUAUGACACUGAAGUGUGAGCAAGAGAGAGGUGUGUGAAUUACAUGAAACUCUGGCUUUGGUGCACAUUAAGGAGUAUUAUAUAUCUUAGUGUUAAACCAUGUUUCUAUUUUAUUUCUUAUCCAUGAGUGUUUGGGGUUGUUUUUACUCUUUUUAAAAACUAGUCUUUAAUGUGUGCCUUGGUUGGUGUUAUGCUGAAUGCUGAAAGUAACUAUUGGAGGAAAUAUGUGUUGUUCAUUUAUUAUAUGAAAUACUCUUGGUGGUUAAUUGUUUUUAAAAAUAUAAAGCUUCCUAUUCAUCACAGUUGCAUAAAACAAUAUGGAAAUGUCUACCAGUUCCUUUACCCUGCCUCUACAUUUCUUUCUAAUGCCAAAUCAUGGAAGCAGAAUAAAUUUAGAAGUGCCAAGCAGUUCUCUGCAAACAGACCAGGUUUGCCUAAUCUUCAUUGUAAAAUUUGAUAAUAUUUGCAUGGGUGCGUUUUCGUUGAACAUACAGUACUUCAUGUAUUGCUUGUUUGUUAAUUUCUUCCAGUAGUCUCGUUCAGCAUUAACACAUUUCAGAGAAGCAUUGUUUGGUACUAAGACAUAUAACAGUCAUUCACACACCAAAACCAGUACCGCUUGCUGGUGGCAUUUGUAUGCAAACAAACAAACAAACAAACAAACAAAUAUGACACAUUAUUUGCUGCACAUUUUUAGAUUUUAUUUGCUUCUAAAAGACCCUCAUUCCACUCUAAGGCAAAUUCUCCCAUUCCUUCCAUGUAUUUUGGAGUCCUGCUUAUUUCCCUUUGUGCCUCACUUUGAAUUCUCCAAAAGAGCAUGGUACCUAUAGUUUCUUCAGCCAAAGCCUGACGGUUGCUCAACAACUGCUGGAUACGUCAUGCAAUAAGAUGCUUCAGCUCAUGAAUCUGAAAUGUCAUUUUCCUUUUUUAGCACCAUCGUCAUGUUUGUGCCACAUUUAGUUGUGAUUCACAAUCGCCUCCUGGAUCUUCUUCCUCGUUCUCAGCAGUGGUGCUGUCUAGCCAGUGUCCCUUGAUUUGAGUUCAUACGUUUUAUUCCCCCUUCUUUAUUCUGGACUUAUUUUUUCAGCAAGAAACUGCUUUGCAAAUAAAGUGACCCAUCAGCUACUUUCUAGUGAUAUGGAAGGAGGGCAGAGCCUUCAUUUCUGAUAUUCCUUUCUCCCUCCUCCCUUUCAUUUCCAAACUUCCAGGAAGCGUAGGGCAUAAGGGGCGGUGAUGAGCUACUUGGAAACUGGCAGAUACAUUUGUCAGGACCAGAUCUGCCCCUGGCUCCACCAGCUUCUGAUAUCUAACCUAAUUUCCCCCAAAGCCACAGUUGUGUCUAUGAAGAAGAAAAGCGUAACGCUGGUUAUGCUAGCGAGGCUUUUAGCAAGAUGUCACUGAAGAGUUUCUACUUAAUUCCAGAAGCAUUUAACGGAGAGUUAGCCUGCCUGCUUAUAUGUGAGCAUAAAUUAACAAGUCAGCUGUGCACUGAACUGACGGCAGAUCUCAGCCCUCUGUGCUUUGACGGCUAUCAAAGCUUGCAUUAAUUUGUUCUUGCUAGUACAAUAAUGCUGGAGUGUAGGAAGGUAAGGGAUCGUCCCCUUUAUGGAGAAAGAAGCAAUAAAAAUAUCCCGAGCACUCUGCUUUGCUGCAGAAGCAGAAAGAGAUAGAAUUCUAAUGCCAUGGAAUUAUUGCCGGAGUAGAAGAAAAAUCAUCCUUCAAGAGGGUGCAUUGAGUUUUGGAGAAAAUAAAACCCACUACUUGCAGGUCUCAUUUGUCAUACGACGGUGGGAAAGUCUCCUUGCUUUAUGACCCUUUAAAAAAGUGGGAUCCCCCCCCCCCAAUAGCCUCAACAAUGAAAAAAAAUGGGAAGAAAAGGGUAAUGUUCUCUAGAAGUCAUUUAUUCUGAUCCCUGCUUUGGAUUUAACGGAGGAGGAUGGGUCAUAUACUUUGACUCAAGGCGUUUCUCUGGAGGUGGCAUUUUGGCACCCGAACUGAAAAACCAGAAGCGUUCUCCCAAUCUCUCCUCCUGCACAUGUACCCGUCUCCCCCUUGCUGACUGUGCUGCUGUUGAGAAGCCUUCUGCAAAAUUAAAAAAAAAAGCAGAGAAAGUUGAUUGUCUUAGUGGUAUUUGUUUGUGGUGGAUGGAAGUACUAAUUAAAAGACAAAGCUGGUAAGCUUAUUUCGCUGACAAUAUUUGGAACCUCAGACUGCAUUUCUGCUAGUGAGCCUGCAUCCCCUCCUGUCCCCACUAUCGGGUUUUGCUUUGUGAUGAGGAUGGGAAGCAAUUUUGUCUUUUGAAGGGACUAGGUGGGGCCAAGAGUGCAAUAUCUUGUAGAGCCCCAACGUGCUUCUGUAGAGAAGCACCUUGGGGCAUACACGCCAAUGUUUGGCUCCCAAAGAAUGAAGCUUAGUCGGGGAAGGGGGUAGAUGCUGUUAUGGCUUCUCCUUGUAUGUUUUUCCUUGGGGAAGGAGAGAGUGCUGUAUAGGCUGCGUGCAAAGGUCCUAUGGGCCAGUCCAUGGCUUGUCUAUAAAAAUGGAAUGCAAAGUCACGGCUGCAGGACACUUGCUUUCCAUCUCUGUUUUAAAGAUUCGUCUUUUAAGCAUUACUCUCUCUGUGUGUGUGUUUCUGGGUAUGCUUUGAACAUCCUAGGCCUAGCCUACCUCACAGGGUUGUUGAGAGGAUAAAAUGCAGGUGGGAAACUCACGUACACCACCUUGAGCUCCUUGGAAGAAAGGUGGGAUAGAAAUGUCAUGAUGUUGAUGAUGAAGUUUUUAAUGUUUGAAGUUUUAUUCUGUUUUUAGUCCUCUGUUGGGAGCCUCCCAAAGUGGUUGGGGAAACCCAGCCAGAUGGGCAGGGUAUAAAUAAUAAAAUUAAUAACAACAACAACAACAAUAAUAAUAAUAAUAAUUUAGUGUUCUGCUUCAGGGGAGGGUAUUGCUGAACUUUUUAAAGAUAACAGUUUCCCGUUUAAUUCUCAUUGAAACCUUUGACCAGACAUUUAUCAUGAACAUUAUUGAUGGCAGCAAAGCAAACUGCCAAGUGACUGGCUCCAAGCUGUCAAGAUUUUCACUUGUUUGGCUCUUCUCACUGUGAUUUUCAGCCACCGUCUGGGAGUGGGCUGUUGGUGCAAGCUGAAUCUUCUGUGCUUCCAUUAAUAAAUAAAAGAAGAAGUGUGGGGACAGAGAGUGAUUGUAGUUGCCUCCGGAGGCUAUGAAAGCCCUGUGUGCACGAACUGAUUUUUUGGUCUCUUUUUGUUUCAUCUUGUCCCACCCUCAGGCUAAACUUGGUGGAGGCCUUUGUGGAAGACGCAGAGCUGAGGCAGUCUCUUCAAGAAGAUGUGCUCCGUCGCUUUCCGGACUUCAACCGGAUAGCGAAAAAAUUCCCCAAGAAAGCCACACUCCAGGACUGUUACAAAAUAUACCAGGCUGUUAAUCAGAUACCGAAUGUGAUAGAAGCACUGGACAAAGUUGAUGGUGAUACAUUUUCACUGUUGUGCUAUAUCUAUAUCUUAAGCUGGCGAGAGGCAGCGAGGACUUGAAUACAGUUGCUUGCUUCGUAAUAUGGAUUCCAUUGGGACAAGGGUGGAGUGGCUUUAGCCCUCCAGAUAUUGCCGACCUACAACUCCCACUGUCCCUGGCUGUGCUUGCUGGGAUAAUGAGAGUUGUAGUUCCACCAAUACCUAGAGGGCCAAAGCCUCUCCUUGCUUUCAGAGCAUGGGCUGCAGGGUUUGUGUGUGGGCUGCCCAUCGAGGCUAGGAGCGCUGGAGGAGGAAAUUGCCCCCAGUAUCACUCUGCUUGUUGAGUGGGCCUGGGAUCAGGUUCCUUCCGCCCAGGGCUGCAGCCCACAACUCUCAGGCGCUGUCAUAAAAGAGGAGGCAUAAAGCCAUCAAGCACAAAGCAAGAAAAACAGUAGAGGCAAUAAAAGCUCCAUAUAAAACCAGCUGUAAAAGCUAUAAAAACAGCGCAAGGGCUGGAAAAAACACUGGCAAUUAAAAGCAGCUAGUUUACGUGCUGAGAAGCCUUGGCACAUGAAAACGUCUUUACGUUUUUUUUUUAAAAAGACAACACAUUCUUUCCUUCCUUUUUCACAUAGAAAGUGUUGCUUUUGCAGGACUAAUUUGUGAAGUGCAUGGCUAAUUUUUCCUCCAGUUUUAAAUUUUUUUAGAGCAGCGUUUACCAAGCCAGUGCCCUCCGGAGCUGGUUGGGGGUUGUUGGGAAUUGUAGUCCAAAAUCCUCUGGAGGGCAGAGGCUUAGCAGAACAACCAGGCUGUUUCCACCUCUCUCCCCACCCCACAACUCCUGGUUUCAAUAUUAAUAAGUGUAUCUUCUCAGUCAGGGCAAUUUAAAGUACAUGGUUGGAUUUUUUAAAAAAAGCAAAAUGGUGAACUUAAGAGAACUUAAGUUUGGGCUAUGCUGACCUCUUCAGAUGUACUUUUCUGAUUUGAAUGUGCCAGUAGCUAAGAAAAUGAAAUGGGAAUGUCUGAAAUAUAUAUUAAAAAACACUCUUUAAUUUGGCAGCCUGAGGAAUACAUUGUGUCUGUUGUCUUUUAAAAAAUUAAAAUUGUCUCUGCAGUGUUUGCCACCUUUCCCUGAAAAUUGGUUUCUGUAUUGCUCUUUAGAGAGCAAUUUUUGCUUUAAACCUAUUUGCCGUUUUGAACUGUUUUUAAUUAUCUUAUAUGUAGAUUGCCUUGAGAUGGCAGUUUACAAGGCAAGGAAUAAAAUGAUGGUGAUUAUGAUACAUGUUUGUGUUUUUCCUUUUUUUCAGAAAACAGCAAAACGUUAGUACAAGCAGUGUUCACAGGACCUCUGAGGGAACUGCUGUCUGACUUCUCCAAUUUCCAAAAUAUGAUUGAUGAAACUUUGGACAUGAACACGGUAAUCUGAAGGAAGCAGAAUAAAGUUGCUUGGUUCUGUCAAAGAUGUGCUGGGUGGAUGAUGACCCGGUGGUAUUAGCAGCAUGAACAACUUUUCUAUAUUUAAACUUUUCAGCCUGCCUUUCUAAAAACUUACUCAAGACUGUUCCGCCAAAAUGACUAAAAACAGCCAUAGGGCAAUAAAAGAAACCAAGUGCCAGCACAAUUUAAAAAUCACCAAGGACUGGCAUUAAUGGAGGAACCAGAUUAUAACAUAAAUCUGUCCCAUCAGUACUGUAUGGCUCGUGUUGAAGCUAACUGUAUGAUGUGCUUUAGAAACGUAGGGAGUAAUGGAGACAGAGUUUCUUAGGGAGGGAGUUCCAGAGACUUUAUGCCACCACAGAGAAGGCCCUACUACAGACAGCCAUAGGGCUCUUCCCUUAUAUAUUAGAUGUGGUGGGUCCUCUUCUGAAGAUCUGAGUGGCCAGGGUGGGGGCGACUUCCAGUGGGCAGAGACAUUCCUUCAGUGAAUGUUCUGUGAUCAUUUCGCCUUAUUGACAUGUCAGAUACCUAUUUACAUCUCUUGAACACUGGUUUGAAGGCCGGCAAGCCUAUGCAGCUGCUUAAACUUUCUAGAUUAGCCCGUCAUUUAAACAAUUAUUUUAUACUGGUUUUAUGGUGUGUUGGGUUUUAUUAUACGCGUAUAUAUUGUUGUACAUUGACUUGAUAUAUUAUGAGUUGUCGGUAUAUAAAUAGCUUAAUAAAUAAAUAAAAUCAUAGGGCUGGGACGAAAGACCAACCAGUCAGAAGGCUGUCAACACAAAACUUGCCUCUCCAAGGUGGGAGCAUCAACAUCCAGGAAUCUCAUCCCAUAACCAACACAGCUGAGCGCCUCUAACAUAGAAUGACAUGCAUAGCACCAUGAUGCUGGCAUAUCCAAGUAGCUACACAUGAGUCUUAACUAAUUCUUGAAAUGCAGUCACCGUAUUUUGCGCACCAUAGGACGCACCUUGUUUUAGAGGGGGGAGAACAAGAAAAAAAAAUUCUCCCCCUCUCUGCCCAGCACCCCUUCAGCGAAGCGGCAGGAGGCGCUGCGCAGAGAGAGGGAGAAUUUUCCCCCUCUUGUUUUCCCGCUCUAAAACAAGGUGCCGUUUAAGGUGCGUUCAGGCGCUACCUUGGAAGCCUGGAGAGCGAGAGGGAUCGGUGUGCACCGACCCCUCUUGCUCUCCAGGCUUCAGGUUCCUUUCGACCUGCUCUUUGGGGCUGGCGGGGGGAAGCCCACCACCAGCCCCAAAGAGCAGGUCAGGGAGCAGCGGAAAGGUGCAGCGGAGAGGCUGCUGCCAUAGUCGCACAUCACUUCUCCAGCUGGGAGAGGGUCGCGGGGGGGGGCUUCUUUAGCCCCGCGCACGCUCUCCCGGCUGGAGAGGUGACGCGUGGCUAUAGAGGCUCCUGCCAUAGCCACGCGUCACCUCUCCAGCCGGGAGAGGGUCGCGGGGCUAUGGCGUCUUCACUCCAUAGGACGCACACACAUUUCCCCAUCAUUUUUGAAGGGGAAAAAGUGCGUCCUGUAGAGCGAAAAAUACGGUACAUGCUACAGGAACAGAGAGUGUGUGUGUGUAUAAGUAAAAUAGUAGUGCUAGUGGGGAAUCCUUUUGAAUAGGAGUUGUCCCUACCACAAAGAGUUGCUUUGGUUUUUCAUGUGUGUUAAUUAAAGUUUGUUGGGCUGCCUGGGUCAAGAUAUGACUGGAGGGUUGUAGUCAGUGUUAGAGCACGUUCCCACUUCAAAAGGCACCCCUUGGUGCCUCUGGGUAGGGCUAGGAAAGACUCCCUUCCUGAAAUCCCAGAGGGCUGCUGCCAGUCGGUGUCUGCAUUACUGAGAUAAUGGACCAUUGGUCUGACUUGGUUAUAAAGCUUCGGAUAUUCCUAGAUAUUCAACCGACUUGAAAUCUGGAUAAGCAGAAAAUAGGAAGUUAACUUAAGUGCUGUACGUAUAGAGUCUGGCUCUACCCCCAUCAGAAGUUCACACAAAGAAAAAUUGAUUCUGCAACCUGUGGGACACAGAAAUAAAAAAAUGUGCAUUUACUUGUUUUGCCAGCCUGACGUUCCUGCUGGUACAUCCAUGCAGCCUGAUAUUGCCGCUUCUCUUCGCAGCAAGUAAGACAGUUCUGCCACUGCUAGGGACCUGUUGCUGUGAGCCACUCCUCCUGAGUGUUUCUCUGCUGUCGAGGAUUCCCCUAGGUUUUACCCACCUGCUUUCAAAAACAAAAGGACGAGAAAUUCUCCAUAUAUUAAAGUAGAUAAGUUUAAAUGAAGCCAAGUAAGACACAUGACUCCAAGUUUUGUUUGCAUUUCCAAAAUCCAUGGAAGUUAGUUAAGGCCGAUGUUGGAGGGGCAGCUGCGGUUGCUGGAACAGCAAACUGUCCACAGUGGGCGAGAAAGCGGGGUCUCGCAGGUUCUGAUUUUACGGCUUUGUGUUUCGCAUUAAGACCUGUAAGAAUCUAUCAUUCUCUUUAAUAGGGUACGGUAAAGCUGCAGGUUGGCAUAGCAACCAAAUUAUAUUGCUCGGCCUGCGCUGAGUAAACUUCCAGCUUCACGGACUUAGAUUUAUAGAGCCACAGAUACAUUGCGUGAGGUAGCGUGUAUAUAUUAUGGCAGUUUAUAUAGUGGAACUUGUGUACAUUGCACUUCACAGAACAGUGUCACAAGCCUCCUGUGACAAGGAGCUUAUAGUCUCUUCCAAGCCUUGGUGGGUGUCCAGGGGGAGAUAUUUUCAAGGUUGAGAUUUUAUUUAUUAUUUGAGAAUUUUUUACAAACUGCUCAACCAAUAAGCUCUCCAAGUGGUGUGCAAAAUAAAAUUACAGCUGGGGCAAAGGAAGCUGCAUUAUACUGAGCCAGGCUGUUGGUCUAUUUAGCUCACAUUGUCUGUCAGAGACCUUCUGCAUGCAUAGUAGCUGGUCUACCACUGUGCCGCAGCCCCUGAACAGAACUAAAACCCACAAACCAGUUAAAAGCAAAUGGCUUGCCCAAACAGGAAAGCUUUCAGCUAGUGUCAAAAACAAUAAAGUGUGAGUGCUUGCCCCAUGUCAGUAGGCAGGGACCCCCAGAGCACAGGAGCUACCCCAGUGAAGGAACAUUUCCUUGCAAAUGCAGAUUGGGCAUUAUGGGGCACUUGGAAAAGUAGGAAUUGGGAGUCCAGCCACAUCUGGAGGGCCAUAGGUUGCCUACCCCAGUUUACUAGAUAAAAUCCUGGAAUUGGUCGCACCAUCUAUGUAUUUUGAAUGUUACACUUGGAAGUCAGAGGUGAAGUGUCUCUUGGUUGAUGUCAGCGGUAGAAAGGUGGGAUCCCAUCCCAUACUAUUCUGCAUGUGGACCAGGUCAUAGACAGCUGAAUUUGGUUGGCCCAGAGUGGCCCCAUCCUUGAUCUGCUCCAUAUGUGCUUUGGAGUAAUUCUGACUGGCUUAUAAUACCAGUAUUAUCUCUUGACUGGGCUCCAGUUUAUUUUAUGUAUUUUAUUUACAUGCCUACCUUAACUGCUUAACUUUAAAAACUCUUAAGCAGUGUACACUGUGUACAGGGUAAAAACAAUAUCCCUUUAUUGUUUUGUAUGUGUGUCUAAUAAAACAGAUUCAGGGAAAUCGUAUAAAGCAGGAUUCAGUCUUAUGACUCAUGGAAAGUGUAUAUUUUUACAAGACGUGUGAAACAACUGGUGGCAGAAGGAAGGGUAUUAUUCCACAGGGUAUUCUGUAGGGUACAGUGCCACAAGUAGAAUUUACCCAUCUGAUCCAAGCGAACUUACUAGUCCAUAGAGGGGCAGGUGGUCUUUCAGGUUUGGCCCUCAUCCACUCCAUUAACCGAACCCAAGCACUGAUUCAGCACUUCCACCCCUAGAUUGCCAGAAUCUAAUGGAAAGGAGAAAUAUUGUCUGGUGCCGCCAGCAUACUGAUGGUCACCUUGCUCUUGAUCUCGAGCUGAGGGAUUGCAAGUUACUCAGGCCCUAGGCUUUGGGUUAAGUUUGUAAAGGCCAAGUGAAUGCAGUGGUUCAGACCUGCAAAAAAAAAAGGGAGUUCAGCUGGGGAUGCGUAGCACUGGGGUGGUAGAAAGAUGCCGUUUACAGUUGAGCUAACACGUUCUCUGGCAGGGCAUUGCAAGGUAGCAUCCUCUGGAAUGUCAACAGCAUGAGCUGGGAGAUACUCCCUGGCUGAAACCCUGGAGAGCUACUGCCAGACAGUACUAAGCUAGAUGGACCCCGAGGGUCUGGCUUGGUUCAAAGCUAGCUUCCUGCGUCCCUAACAUUUUAGCUGGCAGCGGUAGAGACUGAGCCGGGAGUGCCUGUAUGCAGUGAAAGUGCUUUGCCACUGAGCUGUAGCGCAGAAGAGGGACGGAGGGAAAUAAUUGGUGUGCCCCUGAAUGUAGUCCAGGUAGCUGCCAGGAGAUGUAGGGAAAGAUAAUUUCACUUCCCCUGUUUUCUCUUUGGGGUCUGCUCUGCACUUUUCUGGGAAUAUUUUGACUUCCUCGGUGGUGGCAUUCAGCUGUUCCUGGUCCGCAAGCAAGCAAAGGGCUUCUUUGUAGUUGCUGACAGUACAGUGUGAUCACAAAGCUGUGUCCCUCCUCCCAUUCCCUGCAGGCUCUAGAUAGCUUUUCUUUGCUGCAAUGCAGGUUACAAUGUGAUGUGCAGAAAGCACACAAGUCCUUUCCAGCAUUUUUGUAAUGAAUUUUUCAUCAUCCUUACAAGUUUGGGAGUGAAGGGGAUAGAAGGCUUUCACCUCUUUUGUUAUUUCCCCCAAAGCUUCUGGUAAAAGCGAGGUUCCCUCGUCCCAUUUUGAGUAGUGUGACCUACGAGAAACUCGUUUUUCCCUGAUGAAAUGACUGUUUUGAAAAUAGCUUUUUAACAGAUAACGUGUGAGCAGUGUAAGGAUGUGGCAGCUUAAAGUUAAAAGGUUUUUUUUCUCCUAAAAAUGCUAGGGAUAGAUUUAAUAGAAGAUGGUUUUUGAAUUUUGCUUUCAGAAACCCAUUAUAUGGAUUUCUCAAAUGGGCAGAAAAGUGCAGAGUUGAUAAUUUGAAGUUAACAUGUGAGGGCAAAUGAAUGGGAGGGACCAGUCUCUGGAUAUUGAAAACCAUCUUGUUUGUUAACUGAUGAAUCAAAGUGCGAAAAAGCUUUAAUAACAUAUUAUGAAGGGGAAACCAAAAACAAAGCAAUUUGCAUUUCUGAGGAUGCUCUGGUACAAGGUGAAAAGAAAGAAAAGUACUUUUGAGAGAGGCAGUGACUCACCUUGAGGACUAGAAUCUGUUUUUGAAAAAAGAAAAAAAAAGCAUAGAUCCUCAGGAAUGUUAUCUUAUACCUAACAUGAGGUGAGUUUUCAAAAAUCAAUUCCUGGUAAGGUAGGAAAUGUUUUUUGACAUAGCUGAACCUUCAGUGCACAAAAGUCCUUUCCCCAUCCCUUAACAUCCAGAAGUUUAAAACAGCAACAAUAGAGCGUCUGUCCUCGAAGUUAAAAUAUUAGCAGAGCAAUCAUGAGAUCUAGUAGCAGAACAUAUUGGUGGAUCAUUUUGCUUGCCUUUUGGGUUUUCAUGCCACUGUGUGUGGCUGCUAGAAGUUUGUAGACCUCGAAGCUAGAGCUCGAUAGCCCUGUUUCAGAUAUUUCUGCAUGCUGCUAUAUAUCUAAUACUUAGUCAGACCUUGUGCUUCUUAUUUAUUGUCCUUUUUGCCAUUGAUGACUUGCUGCUAUUUGAGAUUUGUUCAGCAAUUUGGAGAAGAAACCCACUUCUCCAAGGAACUUCAUCAGCCGGCUGCCUGCCUGCCUGACUGUAUCUAGCUACCUUUUGACCCUUGCUCUAGGUCUAGGUACGGUCAGGCAGCCGGCUGAUGAACUUUUCAGUUGAUUGAUUUGACUUCCGUACUUAUCUGGAAGGCUGGGCUGGUGUUUCGGGAAUACAGUAGACCACCUCAUCCUCUGUUUUGCUAAUGUGUCCCUGCUGGGUAAAUGUUAGAGCAUCUCUCUGACAAAACGAUCACAGUAGCAGCUGCGUCUUUUCACAAAAACUCUUCCAAGCAGAAGUGAGUCCCCCAGGAGGACACCCGUUUUGUUUUGAAUAUGCUCCAGCAAUCUGCUAUUAGAAGUGGCAGCGCAGUUGUUUCCACAUGGAAAGUUUACCAAGAAGAGGUCUGCUUUGUCAAAUCAGUGGUCCAUCUAGUUUUCCGCAGUGGCCCAUGGGAAAGUCCUCAAGCAGGGUAAUUAAGGCAAUAGCUGUCCCAUUCUGCUGCCGCUUAGCUUUCUCUAUCAUUGGAGGUCCAUUCAUAUAGCUAUUAUGUGCCACUUUUGGACCCAAAGGCCCACAAAGCAGUGAACAGAUUAAUACAAAAGAAGAAUAAAAGCACAAUAAAUACAGAAGUAAAUCAGUAAAAAUGUGAAACUGCACCAUUACCUGUUGUGCUUAAUAUACAUCUGUGAGCUGUGCUCAUGAUCUCACCAGACAUGCAGUGCCCCAGAAUUCUACCUAUCACUUAGAACAGGGGUCAGCAAACUUUUUCAGCAGGGGGCUGGUCCACUGUCCCUCAGACCUUGUGGGGGGCUGGAAUAUAUUUUGAAAAGAAAAAAAAGAAUAACGAAUUCCUAUGCCCCACAAAUAACCCAGAGAUGCAUUUUAAAUAAAAGCACACAUUCUACUCAUAUAAAAACACCAGGCAGGCCCCACAAAUAACCCAGAGAUGCAUUUUAAAUAAAAGGACACAUUCUACUCAUGUAAAAACACGCUGAUUCCCGGACCGUCCGCGGAUUGGAUUUAGAAGGCGAUUGGGCCGGAUCUGGCCCCUGGGCCUUAGUUUGCCUACCCUUGACUUAGAAGCAAGGCUGGCUCACCUUUGCCUCCCCUUCCUCCCAACCCAGCUGUCCCAUUCUCCCAAACCCAAAAGGGAGUGUCUUAAUACUCAUCACUGCAAAGAAGCAGCCCAGAGAUGUCGCCGUCAAGUCAUCUAGUCUAGUGGCCCUCAAAACACCUGGUGGCCGCAGAUUUCAUACAUAAAUGGUGCAUUGUAUGAACUAGUGGCAUCUUUUGAGUCUGUUCUUCCUACCACAUCUGCAUUAUUUAGCAUUAACACCGUUCUUGACACACUAUGCACAAAUUGUUCCUUUGGACAUGGCCCUACUUGAGCAAGGCUGCAGUGAUUCAAACCAGUGUGAGAGCCAGUGUGGUGUAGUGGUUAAGAGCGGUAGAUUCGUAAUCUGGGGAACCGGGUUCAUGUCUCCGCUCCUCCACAUGCAGCUGCUGGGUGACCUUGGGCCAGUCACACUUCUCUGAAGUCUCUCAGCCUCACUCACCUCACAGAGUGUUUGUUGUGGGGGAGGAAGGGAAAGGAGAAUGUUAGCCGCUUUGAGACUCCUGAAGGGGAGUGAUAAAGCGGGAUAUCAAAUCCAAACUCCUCUUCUUCUUCUUCUUCUUCUGAUUACGAGAAAACAUGUGAGAAGUAGUUUGACAUCGCAAUAUAUUAUUGCCUAAGAUCUGUUCACUGGAUUUCUGCAGUGUUCAUAGAAGUGUUAUUCUGGCGUUCUCUUUUGGGGAUCUCGAAGGCAGCCUGACUAAACUCUCAUUCUUUCUUUAGAAUUCAUACUGUGCUUUGUAGCCCCAAAAGAUCAGUGCUCCUGAGGAGCUUGUGGAGCAGAUUUAGAUUUAAGUGUGACCAGAGUGUGAAGUUCAUCUGCAUUCCAGAUGAUCUGCCAUUUUGGGCGGGUGGAAAAGACAGCGUUAUGCCUCUGAAUACCAGUUGCUGGGAAUCUCAGGUUGGCGGAGUACUGUUGCGCUCAUGUCCAGCUUACAGGCUUGACAUGGUCCUUCAGGCUCAUCUUACAUUUUUAUGUUCUUUUUCAAUCUGAGCUUACCUGUUCAACAGGAUCUCAGUGUAGAGUAUUCCAGCGCCCUUCAGGUGUUUUGGAUGGAAGCUCCCAGCAGCUUAAGCUGACAUUUGCUGGCCAGGAGUUUCAGUCUAAAACACCUGGAGGCACCAGAUUGGCAAAGGUUUGAGUCUUUCCUGAGCUAGGCAGUUUCAGGCUGCAGGUGAGGAAUUGUCACACUGGUGGAGAGAGGUUCUAGGCUAGCCUGCUGAUGUGCUACUCUUUUUGCUAAGUUUUGUAUUUUCAAAACUCAGUAAUAAAAGAUGAGCAAUAAAAACAGCUAACAUGUUUCUCAAGAAAGAUCAGACAGUGACUGCACCGUCUGAUCUUUCUGGAGAAAUGCUUGUUAGCUGCUUUUGAAUUUCAUUGCAGACAUAUAGAAUAUAUAAGAAGGUACAUGAAAACCAACCAAAAUCUCUCCACAGAUUGCCAUGUGUCUUGGGUGGUAUUCUUGUAUGGUCCUCACAUUGCAUAUAUGAAGUAAAUGGUUGCUAAGUUACGUGAAAAGACAAUGGGUUCGUUUUACCCCUGGCCACUCGGAUUUGUCAUGUCAGUUGCCUGAGCAACUGCCCAAACUCAAGUACACCAAAUCAAGGGACAAAUCUGUUACGGAAUGCCGACAUCUCGCUAUCUCUAAAUGAGGAGCUACUGUUGAAAAGUUUAGCAUCUCUCUAUAACAUAAAUGUUUAUUAGAAUCAUCCCAAAUCCAUAUCAUUUUUGAUAUGCAUAGAGUUCACGUGACUGAACUUUUUUUUAAUAAAAAAAGGUAAAAGUCCUCACCAUGUGAUUCAUUCAUUUAUUUUUAUUUUAUGUAAGGUGUUGAUCAGCCCUUAGGCUGCAAACCCCAGAAUGUUCUGUGAACUUAACAUAUCUUUUGAUAAAUACUUGUUUUGACACUUAGACUGAUCUAAUCAAGAGUUUUAAUCUUCCACAUUUGUUACUUAGUUUAUGUGGUCUCAGAAGUUGCUUUAGAUGAACUGGUGGGUUUUAAAUGCUUCGUAAUAUGACCGAAGGGUCAUGGCGGCUGCUUUUAACUCUUCUGUGGAUAACUCUUCUCUCUCCAUAUCCCAGGUGGAGAGCCACGAAUACCUCUUGAAACCCUCCAUUGAGCCGAGCCUCAUUGAGCUGAGAGAGAAUAUGGAUAAGCUAGAGGAAAAAAUGCAGGGUGUGCUGAAGGCGGCAGCAAGGGAACUAAGUAUGUUGGCAUGACCGUCACUUUAUCCACACAGUCCGUGUUUUGAUGCUGAAAAAUGCUUCACAUUCUCAUUGUUUAAAAUACAGUUGUGCACUUGCUUUUUAAAAAACAAACAAAAAACUACACACCUGUUGUUGGAAACUUCCCCCACAAUACAUGGUCAAAGGAGGAGAACUGGCUAUCUUCUAAGGUCCACUCUUAGUCAGUUCAUGCCUGCAUGAAGCACCAGCAAACUUGACCAGCGCCUUGUCUCUGUUCAGUGAACACCUCUUCUCCUGCACCCAGAAUCCCCCGCAGUGCACAGGUUUUCUUUGGCAGACGCACAGAGAUCUGUUGGCAAAUGAGGCAAUGUGGAAUGAGUGCUUUAAAGCUGCCAUCAAAUGAUAUCAUUGCAACUAUGCACUGUGUGAAGAAGGGCUCUUUCUUUGUAUGUCCUGAAUCUCUCACCAUUCAGCUUUUGUUGGAUAACGUUGGAGUCUAGUACAGUGGUACCUCGGGUUAAGAACUUAAUUCGUUCUGGAAGUCUGUUCUUAACCUGAAACUAUUCUUAACCUGAAGCACCACUUUAGCUAAUGGGGCCUCCAGCUGCCGCUUCGCCGCUGCUGCACGAUUUCUGUUCUCAUCCUGAAGCAAAGUUCUUAACCCGAGGUAAUAUUUCUGGGUUAGCGGAGUCUGUAACCUGAAGCGUAUGUAACCCGAGGUACCACUGUACUAUAUUGCAAGGGAUCACAAGGGUCAUCUAGUCCAACCCCUUGCAAUUCAGGAAUCUUUUGCCCAGCGUGGGACUCAAACCCAUGACCCUGAGUCUUGUGAGAAAGAGAGAAACGUCUACCUAUAUACCUUCUCCACACCAUGCACAACAGUGGAAAUCUCAGUCAUUCUUCCCACUUGCCCUUUUUCUAAACUAAAUAGUCCCAACCCAUGUAAGUUUUUCCUAGUAGGGGAAGUAUUUCAGACCCUUGAUAACUUCUGGUUGCUCUUUUCUGCACCUUUUUGAGCUCUACAAUACCCUUUUGGAGGUGCAGCAGCCAGAACGGUUGAAGUACAGGCAUGCGUUUAUCCUUUGUGAUGAUCUUGUCAAUCCAGUGUCAAUAAAUAAAGCAUUCCUGUAAGAGCUGCUCCCUCUCCUUGCCAAUUUGGAUAAUCUUAGGUUUCCGUGGCAUUACAGUAGAGGGAUUUCUAAAGUGGUGAGUGGAACCGCAGUUUGAAACUCCUCUUAACUCUUAGCGAGCUAGGUGUUAGGACUUGUUCCAAGCCCUGUGACUAUGAGUUAAUUUCUCGGCAGGUGGCCUGGUACAAUAUCAAGCAGCAAAACCCAGCCAAGAGAGAAAUUUGACUCACUGAGUGGGGAUAACGAAAAUGUGAUUUGUGUGUUUAUAAUGCCACAAUCAGUCAUGGAUUUUAUUCUCCCCCAAUCCCUUCCCAUGAAACAGGUCUGGAAGCCGGCAAGAGCAUCAAAUUAGAAUGCAACUCCCAGUUUGGGCAUUUUUUCCGAAUCACCUACAAAGAAGAGAAGGUCCUGCGAAACAACCUGAAGUAUAAGGUCUUGGAAACCCAGAAGAACGGGGUGAAGUUCUCUAACAUGUGCGUGAAACACAUAUCCCUGCCUUUGCUUCGGAACGGCAAUGGAAGUGUCUUCUAAACUUCCUGUGGGGUGGGUGCGAGUCAGUGAAGUGUUCUGCCAGGUUGCGGAAGUUUGCUAACAUUUUCCUUUUGGUUCCUGCACAGUCAACUGAAAAGCAUCAAUGAAGAAUACAUAAGUAUCAGAGGAGAGUAUGAAAAAAGCCAGGCCAUCGUUGUUAAGGAAAUCAUCGGCGUUGCCUCAGGUAAGGAACACUGUGUGCUUAUACAUGGAAUCACCAGAUAUGUUCCGAGGAUAUGUUUUAACCAGGAGUAGAACACCCACACACCAUUUGUGAGUGAGUACAAAAGUAAUUGGUCUGCUCUCAGCCUGCGGCCUCUCUGAAAUAGAAAUGUGACCCAUCUUGUGGUGAGGACAAACUACGUUAACUGCGGAAAACAAUUUGCCAACAUGGCCUGCAGCCGUAUGUCUGCUUAGAGGUGCCAAGCAGAACUUGGUUGGGUUUUCCUCUGGAUAUUAUAUCGCACUCAGCUACAGAUGUCAGCACAACUGCUGCUAAUGAAACAGAAGGCACUUCAGAACCGUAGCCUUCCUUCCACCUUGGUUUCCUGUCCCUGUUCUGGUUUUCCAGGAACAUUCCCUGACAUCACGGCUGUUCAGACAGUGGCGGGUUGGGUGGUCUCGCUUCUAGAAACAAAAGUGAGCAUGCUAGCAACUCUGAGCAUCAGUUGUCUGAGGUCACAGCAUCUCAAUCAAUGUCUAGAGAGGGCUUUAAAACUGCUAGGAACUGCCAGACGUCUGUUUUUAUAUCCAAAUACUAUUCUUUGCUUUAAAACAUGCUGGUGCCAUUUUUUGUCACUGAUCUAUUAUUUUUGGCACGUGUACAUGUCCUGUGAUUUUUAAUGUGACAGUUUGCACCUCUGCACCCCUAAGUGUCCUAAAGGGGCGCCAUUGCAGAGAUCUCUGUGCUCAUGAAUCAGAUGUAGAUUCAAGCAACGGGAACCCUCAAAUCCUGUUCCGACAGGGCACUGAUGUGCAGGCAGCUUUAGCAUGAGUAAGAUGGUGAUACAGAUGAGAAAGACUUGUGGUUUUCUCUUGCGUAAGCUGUUCCAGAUUGCUUAAAUUCUUGGGCGCAGCGGGCGCCCAAGCACUUGGGCACGGCAGCUAAAGGAAUGUGCUGUUCAAACAGUUAGCCUCGUUUAGUGUGUGAGAUUGGGCCUCGUAGCGUUUUACCUUUGUGCGCUGCGUUUGCAUUUUGCUGCCAGCUGCUUUGAGUGAAACGGAAGUGUUGAUUAUAACACCACCUGCUUUAGGUGUUAAAACGUGCUGAGAGGUAUUGAUACUGCACCGCUUAGGUAAAAUGGCUGGAAAUAAAUAAAUGAAUAAGAAAAGAAAUACAUUGUCAGCUAAGAUUGCCAUUUUUUAAAGGUUUUAUAAAUUUGUUUAAUGGUGCAUUCAUACAACCAAUCCCCCCCCUUGUGCUGGCUGCUGUAUUUGCCAUGUGAUUGGAUUAAAGCUGAAUUAGAUCUGAAGGGGUCCAACUUACUAAGACAUCUGCAGCCAAAGCUUUAUAUCACAGGGCACAUCCAAACCAUACAUUUAAAGUGCUGUGAUACCACAGUCAUGGCGUCCUCCCAAAGGAUUCUGGGAGCUAUAGUUGUUGAGUGCGCUGAGAGUUGCUAAGAGGCCCCUGUUCCCCCUCACAGAGCUACAGGUCCCAUAAUGGCUUAACAAUCAGUCCUUCUUCACAGGGAACUCUGGGAAUUGUAGCUCUGUGACAAACUACAGUUCCCAGAAUUCUUUGAGAGAAGCCAUGACUGUCUAAAAAGGCAUCAUAGUCCUUCAAAUGUGUAAACACGGCCAUAGUCUGUCCAUUUUAGCCCAGUUUUCAUCUUGCAAAAGGAAGGAACUUGACAUGGCCUCUGUGGUGACUGUUUUGUAUCGAGCUGGCAAAAAGACGCAGGUAAUUUAGUCGGUGCUGAAUCAAUUUCGCUGAGGACAGCUCUAAUAAAAAGCCUGCAUAAAAUUCAUAUUUUUAAUCUGCUUAAUGAAUGAACAAAUAGAUUGCACCGUUUAAUCUUUUCAUUCUUCAUUUGUGGGUGCUCUGGUGUUUAGUUUAGCUGUGGAAUCGUCUGGCUUCUUUGUUUGACUACAUCUUGUGUUUAUUGCUUGAUGCGAAAUGUACAAAGCACUUUACAGAAUUACAUAAGCAAAAUACAGUUCCCUACCCCAAAGGAUCUUACAAUCAAAAUUUCUGUAGUAGAGGUAACACUAAGGGAAGUUGUGGGAAGAGAGAUAAGAAGGGGCUGGGAGGACGCCCCCCCCCCCCACGAGCAGGUUUUUUGGGCAUGCAUGGGGAGCUGCACAGGAGAGGAGAGGUAGUGGGGAGAUUAAUUGAGCCAUUGAAAGUCCAUUGCGCAAGCAGAAUGGCAGCAUUCUGUACAAUCUCCAGAGAGCCUCCGCCUGUCAGUUUGUAGGCUGUACGUAGUAAGAUUGACCAGUGGUUUGACUUUAUUAUAUGGCAGCUUCCUGUGCCCUUUUCCUGCCUGUUAUGGGAAAAAUAAAAGUACCCUACCACCAUGUGUAAAAAAAUGAACAAAAACUAGAAUCAGGAAAUCUGUGACUGAAUCUCCAUCUCAUCUGGUUUGACCCAAAGCCGAAGUGGCUCUGCUGGAGCACGCUAGCAUGUUCAGCAGCAGUUUGAGGAAAAGCUGCUCGGGUGAAUGCCUCCUAGCUUUGUGGGUGCAUGGGAGCAGAAUUGCAAAUAUCUCAGUGAGUACAUUAGUGGUGGUUUUCUUAACUGCAUUAGCUAACACCACCCACCUUCCCUAACUUCUCCUUCCAGGGCAAUUAUCUAUAAUUGUUUCCCCAGUAGCUUUUUGUGGGUAGAAACUGGUCUCUGAACAUCUGGCCAGACAUCUUUGCAUGGUAGUUUGCAUGGGGCAAUAAAACGCACAAUUGGGAGGCGUUGUGAAAGUGAAUUGGGGUGUUCGUUUGGGGUGGGGAUAAGAAUGAUGCUGUCAAGAAGAUCAGAUUCUGUCCCUGUGGAAGGUUUUAUGUAUAAUAGAGAGACAGCAGGUCUGUCUUGUCAACCAAUUUAUGCAUUCAGUGUUAACAGCUAGUGAUAUGCCUUUUCAAAGCCAGGGUUGCUCACAGCAGUUUAAUUAGCCCUUGCUCUUUACCAGUUCAAUGAGACGGCGAAGGUUUGCGCUGGAAAACUUUCCAGAGAGAAUACUAAAAUGUGCAAGAGUGAUUUCCCUGGUGUGCACUUGCAGAAUGAGCUUUCCGAGUGCUAAAAUGUUGUCACCUGACAUCGCUUACAUACUUUAGGACUUGGCAAAUAAGCGGCAGGAUCCUUCCUGAGUAGUGUCAACAGGCUCUGAGUGUAGUUGGUUUCAAAUGCUUAAUUGGAGCUUAAUGAUACUUUGGCGCAGCCCACAACUAGUGCUUUAUAGUACUCGGUGACUCUGUUCAGGCGUAGUACCAUAUCUUGGUUUGAUGCUACAACAGGGUGGGGAACCUCAGGGGCUGAAUGCAGCCCCCCAAACCUCAAUAUCUGGCUCAUGGGACUUUCCCAGGCAGCACCCCAACUUCCCCUGCUUUACACUGUCUUUGAGUGCUUUAUCCUGGCUGAAAUAAGCUCUGAUAGUGUCUCUUCACUUCCCAGGAUGGAGAAUAGAAAGGAUGUGUGGGUGGGUGUUUGUGGGUGUAGAAACUGCCUACCGCACAAAAGCCAAAUUUACAUUCAUUGCUCUUUAGCCUCAGUCCCACUGCCCCACAGCUCUCCAUCUAGGCAAGCGACAGGUAUUAUCAGUUCACGAACCCAAUUAAAGGACAGUUUGGGUGUGGAACAUGGCUGCUUAGGGGUGAGAGGACAUGGCCUGGGGUGAAGAGGGCUGCAUCAAGGCCCUGGCCUGAGGUUCCUCAGCUCUGAUGCAGACUUUAAAAGAUCAGCAGCAGCAAUUUCAACUGGGCCUGGAAGCGACCGGGCCAGGCAGCCACUGCAGAUGAGCUAGAUCUGGAAUAUUUCACUGAGGCUUCUUCCGUGAUCAGAUGAGCUGCAGCAUUCUGCGCUAGCUGCUUCUUGAAACAUAGAAUACAUGUAGGUCAUGUUUCAGUCACUUGUGUGGGAGGUUACUAAAGCAUGAGGGACUGAGUUCAACUCCUUAUCUGAAAAGAGCAUCACAUUGGCUCACUAGCUUAACCCAGCAAAAUGCACUCCUAGGCUCUGCAGUCGCCUGAGAAUCCAACAGAAGUUCAGCGUUUAGGAGCAACCCCUGGUUGCAAAUCUCAUCCUUAGUGGGGGAUCUAACUCUGCUAGGAUAGUUUUGGGCUGUCCCAUCAUUAUCACUUCUUUACUGCCUGGAUUAAGCUUCCAUUUGUUAUCCCUUAUGCAGUCAGUAACUGCCUUCAGGCAUAUUUUUAAGGAAUGCAGUGCUUCACCUGAAGUUGAGGGGGGACGGACGGAGUUGGGUGUCAUUAUUAGGGGCAGACUCAGGGACGCGGGUGGUGCUGUGGGUUAAACCACAGAGCCUAGGACUUGCCGAUCGGAAGGUCGGCAGUUCGAAUCCCCGCAACGGGGUGAGCUCCCUUUGCUCAGUCCCAGUUCCUGCCAACCUAGCAGUUCGAAAGCACAUCAAAGUGCAAGUAGAUAUGUAGGUACCGCUCCGGCGGGAAGGUAAACGGCGUUUCCAUGUGCUGCUCUGGUUUGCCAGAAGCGGCUUAGUCAUGCUGGCCACAUGACCCGGAAGCUGUACGCUGGCUCCCUCGGCCAAUAAAGUGAGAUGAGCGCCGCAACCCCAGAGUUGGCCAUGACUGGACCUAAUGGUCAGGGGUCCCUUUACCUUUUAUUAGGGGCAGAACACUUUUUAUGGCCCAGACAUCCUCAGCGACAUAAGUGGUGGUUUGGGGUAGUUUGCUUCACUUUGAGUACUGGUGGUUGAGGAUUUCAAGAGCCUUCAUGGCUGAGGGUUGCACUUAGUGUAUAUAUGUCAGGAGAGGAUGGGGGGUUGGGGGAAGAUACUGUUCCUGAUGAGCACUGCAGUUGUGGUAGUGUGUGUUUAAGACUUGACUAUCCUCUGCAUGCGAAGUCAGGCUCCUGCGGAUUGAACGGACUAGGCCAGUAGCGGGUCCAAUAUUCAAGAAGAUUGUUUUUGCACGGGCUGUAGAGGGAAGUGAGGGGCACAUGGGGAUCGUCAACCUGGGAAGGUAGCCCAUCUAGGAGAAGGAAAACCCUGAUCCUAAACCUCUGCUGCCUUGCGGCUAGACUCGUUCCUGAGAAAGGCUUUGGGAGCAAACCCUGAGGAACAACCCGUACCUGCUAGCUUGUGGGACAUCUUGGGGAGAAGAAAAGGUUAAAGAGUAAGCCCUGCACCAAUCCAAAGUGGAGUCCCUACGAUGGUUGGAUGGCACCUUGUGCGCCUCCUUCCGGCAACUCCUGCAGCCAAGCUGGUCCAAACAUAUUGCUCUGCUUUCAUUUGGACCACCCCAGCGAGGCCGAAGGGGGCAGGUCUUGUCGUCCGGGCAGCCCAGGACUUCCAUACGCACUACCUAGACUUGUGCCACAGUGGUUUAUGUGUCCUUUUUUAAUGUAGUGAAAUAGGUGUGGCUAUUUAGACUGGCUGUUUUUUUAAAGUGAAAUGAAAGUGGUAAGAGAGAGGUAUAGCAUCUGCUUUGCAUACAGAAAGUCUCAGAUUCAGAACCUAGCAUCUCCAGAUAGGACAGGGAACGUCCCCUGUCUGAAACCCUGGAAAGCCAGUAUGAACAGUACUCAGCUAGAUGGACCGUUGAUAGGACUUCGUAUAAUACAGAUUCCGGUGUGGACACUGAGCCUGCAGGGAGAGGGACCACUCAGCCAGAGGGGACAGCAACACAUUUCACUGAGGUGCCAAGGAUAUUGCAUAACUGAAACGGCUGCACCUGCAACCAUGAAGCCAGGACCCCAAUUGACCUCCCUCCCGCCCCCACCUUGGGAUAUUCAAAUGCAAAGAAAGAAAAGUGUUCUAUGUUCUCACCUGCAAGUUGGCUUAUCACAUCACCAGCUAGAAUUCUCAUUGUAUGCUAGGAUGGUAGAAGUUGAUAGAAGCGGGUGGCGGUGCCAGAUUAAUGUCUGGAUUCCUUUUAGAUUUCUGCAACGCAGGAAGCUGCAUUGAGCCUGUGCUUUUCCAACAGGGUAUAAGGAGCCCAUACAGAUCCUGAGUGAUGUCAUAGCCCAGCUGGAUGCUAUUGUCAGUUUUGCUCAUGCGUCAAAUGCAGCGCCAACCCCAUACGUACGCCCAACAAUUCUGGAAAAGGGGACAGGGAAGAUUGUGCUGAAAGCCUCAAGACACCCCUGCAUUGAAGUUCAAGAUGACGUUUCCUUCAUCCCGAACGAUGUGACCUUUGAGAAGGGCAAGCAGAUGUUCCAUAUCAUUACCGGUAAAAACUUCGUUUAUAUGCCAUGCCUGUUUCCCCUCUUGCCUCCAUCUUCUGUGUUGUAUGUGUGCGUGUUAUUUAUGAGGAUGCUUUUAAAAUAAGCCUGUAUCCCGGCCUCAAAACAGAGAAGAAAUGAGCCUAUAAUAAUUUCUGCAGACGAGCGUUCUGCAUUUAGGUGGGUGUUUUGAUUUGAAAUGGGGAAGCAAUCUUCAGGCAAGCCUUAAUGUUUCAGCUUUCAAGUUUGAAGCCUGACAACCAGUGCAAAACUGACCCAACAUGCAAAUCAGUGGAAGUGAUUUUCAUAAAAUACAGAUGGAACAGCCAUGGUUGCAUUGGUGGUGGUGUUGCUCACUGUCAAGGUAGAACAGCUUAUGAAUAUGAUAAUUAAUCAAAAGUUAAUAAAGAAGGACAUUGAAGAAUAGCUGUAUUUAAUCAGAAUUAAUGUUGUUUUGUUGGUUUUAGGUUUCAUUUUGCUUCAAUAGAUAUUGUUUUUAUAUCAUGUACAGCGUAAACCGCAUAAAGAUUUUUGAAAUACUAAGUGAUUUAAAAUAAAAAAACAGCACAGUAUGUUAAACUGAAGUUGCAUAUUAGGUUGUCAAGAAGACCUUUACUCCUCCUGCUUGAAAUGCCGCUUAAUUUCCUGCUGCUACUUGCUCUGCAGGACCAAACAUGGGAGGGAAAUCCACCUACAUCCGCCAGACAGGGAUGAUUGUUCUCAUGGCCCAGAUUGGCUGUUUUGUGCCAUGUGACUCUGCAGAGAUAAGCAUUGUGGAUUGCAUCCUGGCCCGGGUAGGAGCUGGAGACAGCCAGUUGAAAGGCGUGUCUACAUUCAUGGCGGAAAUGUUGGAGACGUCUGCCAUCCUUAGGUAAGACCUUCGUUUGCAAACCUUGCUCGCCAGAAGCCCCAAGUGUUUCUACAAGCUUAGUGACCCCACUCCCCAAGGUGCUUGUGAUCUGUUUUGUGCACAGGACAGAUACUCUCUGAGACUGGCCACAGCCACUGGAGAAUAGUAUAUUUUUGAGAAUCUCAGAAGUCUCCAAACAUAGGAAGAAAACAACGGGCUCAUUUUGCUUCUAAGUUGAUUGCCGUUUUAGUUCAGUAUUAUUGGGAACAAAUGGGACCUACAGCAAAAUGUUUCAGUAUCCUGUGUUCCUGUUCAGUCCCAUAGUCAGAUAUCAGUACCCUUCUCCAGGACACUCCAUUCCACACGUAGGUUCUUUACCCUCCUUCCCAUGAAAUUCAGACAUUUACAUUCUUUGGCUACUUAGCAUCCUCAGUCCCUGAAGUACUUUUGGAGUGUUUGGGCUACACAGGAGUUCUAAACUUUGGAAAUAGAGGGAAUGUUAUCUGGAGGAGGCUCUUAAAAGAGAGGAAUGUUGAGAAAGUAGCAUUUGUGUAUCCUUGAUUGUUCAGGGGCCAGUGGUGUAGUUUUCCUGUUUAGUUUUGAAGCUGUACCACUUUUGACAACUUUAUUGCCUCUGGUUUCAGGAUUGCAACAGAAAACUCAUUGGUAAUCAUUGACGAGCUUGGGAGAGGAACAUCUACCUAUGAUGGGUUUGGAUUGGCCUGGGCAAUCUCAGAAUAUAUUGCCAGCAAAAUUGGAGCGUUUUGUAUGUUUGCCACUCAUUUUCACGAACUGACCGCACUUGCUGACGAGAUCCCCACCGUGAAUAACUUGCACGUCACAGCGCUAACCACAGAGGACACGCUGACAAUGCUGUAUCGUGUGAAAAAUGGUGAGGCUCGCUUCAGAUCCCUGGAACAAAUCCACCUUGUUUACUGUAGAGCAGCCUUCACCAGCCUGAUGUCCUCCAGAUGUUUGGGACUACGACUCCCAUCAUCCCUGCCCGUUGGCCAUGCUGGCUGGAGCUGAUGGAAGCUGGAAGGCACCACAUGGGGGAAGGUUGGCAUUGUGAGAAACCUAUGGCCUUCCAGACAUUGUUGGAAUCCAAAUCACUUAGCCAGUGGUCAGGGAUUAUGGGAAUUGGAGUUCAGCAACACCUGGUGAGCCAUAGAUUCCCUGGUCCUAGUUUAGUGUAUUGUGAACACUGGACUCAUGUGCUCCCCCACCCCUCCACCUGGCCAGGAAGAGGAGUUGGGAAGCUUUCACUUUUAGUUAGCAGCCUGUCAUGUCACCUGGAGGGCAAACUGUGGUUAACCCACACUACCUGAUUGGUUUCAAACAAGCCAGCUUUAAACUACUUCAAGAAACUGGCUUGUUGACGCAGCCAUGGUUAAUGUUAGCCACCGUUCCUGUUUUGAAUGACACAGGAAGCCACCAUUAACUUAAAUGGAAGUUUCCAAGCUACUCCUCUUUUGGGGGUGUCCCAACAUUGCUUGGCUCUGGGCUGGAUAUGUACAUAUUUCGGUACCCUUUUCCAUUCCUGUCCUCUGAAUCCUUUCCAAUUUAUGGCCCCCGCAAAUUACUUUUAAUGGUUGACACACGAUGCUUUUGCAACCCCAAAUGGACAUUUUCCUUUUGUACUCUUGUCCCAUUUUGAUAACUUACUGCUUCUUAGCAAUGUUCACUUUUAUGGUGUUUGAAACCCCCUGACCCAGGCUGAGUUUCAGAUUUCCCCAGCUCAAGCAGGAUUAUGUUUAACUGCUAGAAAUUGGGGCGGAGUUUGACCCGGACAUCACUUUUCAGGCAGUCAGUCCCCCCUCUUUCUGAAAUAGGCAGCAUGGAAUCAGAUGCACAGGUUCUGCUUUCACCUUUUGAGGACUGACCCCAGUGAUGCUUCUUCCAGGGCCUUGUGACCAGAGCUUUGGCAUCCACGUGGCAGAGCUAGCUGCUUUUCCCAAGCAUGUGAUAGAGAAUGCCAAGACAAAGGCCUUGGAGUUGGGGGAAUUCCAGACCGUUGGAAAUCCACAGGCCGAGGAGGAAGAGCCACCAGCCAGGAACUUCUACAAAGAGAAGCAGGUUUGCUAACUGUCAUACGCUUGUUGAAAUCAUUUCUUUCCCCCUUUUCUAUAAUGUAUCUACAAGAUUUAGAUACGGAUUUGUCAACAAGAACCUCUUAAGUGAUACCACUGCCCCUGGAAUGGUGCCUACAAAAAAACAUUAUAGGGUGCCUAGUAUACUCUGCCUGCCUUCCUGUCUCUUGAAUCCAGGUGAUGGGGUGAGCUCCUGUUGCUCUGUCUCAGCUUCUGCCAACCUAGCAGCUGGAAAGCACACCAGUGCAAGUAGAUAAAUAGGUACCACUGCGGCAGGAAGGUAAACGGUUGUUUUUUGUGUGCACUCUAGCUUCUGUCACGGUAUUCCAUUGCGCCAGAAGCGGUUUAGUCAUGCUGGCCACAUGACUCAGAAAGCUGUCUGUGGACAAAUGCCAGUUCCCUUGGCCUGAAAAAUGAGAUGAGUGCCACACCCCACAGUUGCCUUUGACUGGGCUUAACCAUCCAGGGGUCCCUGUCUCUCUAUGUCAUUUAUCAGAAGACUGAUACCCACUUUGAGCUCCCUGAGCCAUCUCCUCCAAAACCAGGAAAUAUAGCUUACUGCAUCACUGAGAGUUUUGCAUUCUGCGGCCUCUUUGCUUUAAGAUGAUGAUUUGUGGGUGAGCAACAGCUGCUGCAUUAACAACUGCUCAGAUGAUGCUUUCUGUGUUUUUGAAGCACUGGCUUGCAAAAGCUCACUCGCCAAUGUGUGUUUAAUGCUUAAUCCUUUUCAGUCUGCAAAUUUCUUCCCUGAUUUCUUCAGUUAGACUGAUGCUGUCCAGACAUGUUUGCUGAAUGGUAUAAACAGAACUGUAAAGAACGCUUUGUGAACUGAUUUUGAGAAGUAGCCAUGUCAGUUUGCUGCAGCAAGGAAACUCUAGUUGCACCUUAAGAUAAUGAACCGGAUUAUUGUAGCCUGGGGUUUUACGGACUAAAGCUCAUCUCAUCAGUUACACACAGUAUUAGGAAUUAAAGGCUAUCAGGACUUGUAUAAAUCACUUGGGUGCAGCAGCCAAAGCAAAUAGAUUCUGUGAUAACAAUCAGUAUUCACACACACACACUUUAGCUAGGAGUCUGAAUCUAGAUCUUCUGUGUAUCACAUCUGCUUAAUUUGCCAUUUUCUGCCAUUUUAAGUCAUUGAUCCACAAACCCAUGGUUGUUGAAAUUGCUAUUUUCAGUGCCAGAUGAAUGCAUUCGUAGGGGCUUAGAAAUGGUGCAGCAGAAGCCUCUGAGGCUCCCCACCCAUGCUGCAGAGGAAUCCAGGAGGGCGCAAAUCAGAGGCUGAACAUCAUUUUCUUUUCCUUUCUAGGAAGGUGAAAAAAUAAUCAAGGAUUUCCUUUCUAAUGUGAAAGCAUUGCCACUGGCGGACAUGUCUGAGGAGGACAUCAGAACCAAAUUGAAGCAGCUGAAAGAUGAAGUCGGGGCAAAAAACAACAGCUAUGUGAACGAAAUCCUUUCCCAAACAAAGCUAGUUGCGUGACAUGAGAAAAUCUGAACAAGGAGCCGUUUGAACUCAAGUUGGAAGUGCACAGUUGCACUCAGCCAAAGGCCAUUGCCAAAGGAGGUGAUGCCACGUCCUGUUUCUCACAAUGGCAGGUGCCAUGUUCAAUACUGGAGACCAGAACAAAUUGUUAUUUCCCAGCUAGGACUGCAUGUUACUUAUUGAGUAGUUUUCUCCUAUGACGGGUUGUGGAUAUGUUGAAAAUUUUCUAUGGUGUUCUAAUUUUGAAAUCGUUGCCCUUAAAUAAAUGCAAUGCAUCAUGGUUUGAACUUUUA